UCCUCUUCCCGAAAAAAUGUGACUCUGUUAGGCUGAAACCUUCUCGCUGCACACCCGUCCUCCGCUUGUUCGGUUCUGAAUGUUUGUGUUACAUAAGUGGCUGCUGUGGAAGCAUCUUUCCAGCGUCAUGUUUUUUUUCCAGAACUGCAGGGUCCUGGUGGUCCCAUCCAAUCAAGACGCUGCAGGUUCGGGACUGAGUACCCCAUAACUUAUCACGAUCAACUCCUGAAUGUUUCUAAGAGGGGGGAGGGGGCUGUAAAAAUGAUAGAUAUAAAUCCGUGAUCUAACUUUAGUGUCCGCCCGCGAGCAUGCACCAAGGUCUCCUCCUGCCUCAACGCGUGUCCACUCAGACGCCGAGGGAGUAGCUCGAAGGGUGGAGAAAGAUUUCAGCACCGGAGCUGUCCACGACACUUGGAGAAGUCUUUAUUCCUGCCAAGAGGGGGAAGCUGCUUCCGACUGUAAAUUCUCUCUCUGGGACUGUGAGGAGAAAGGAAUAAUAAACUGCUCUGUGCCAUUCGUCUCUCUGCGGGGCCAGGAAAGGCGCACAGACUUCAUUCGAGCUAAAACCUUGCCAUGCUGGACGGCCGGGCUUGAGACAGAGAGGAUAAAGUGAGAAGACCAGUCCGCGACUCUUUACGGUGAGUUCAACAUGCAGCUUGUUUGGCUUUCUUUGUCCGUUACAUAACCAUCUCUAAACUGUCAUGCUGGAUGUCCUACUGCUCUAGAUUCUCUUUAAAACCUCUUUUCUGUAACGGGGCGCGUAAAGGUACCAAACACUUGAAGCCUUGUUGCAGAGGCUUGUGUGGGAGAAUAUUUAGGUCAACAUCCACAUGGGUGUGGAUGCGUGUCGCGGUCGUUAGAAACUACAGGAGUUUAAAUCGCUCCUGACGCUACCUUGUGUUGUGUGUCUCACUCUCGUUUCGUAACAGUGCAUUGUGGGAUAUAAACAGCUAACAUUAGAGUUCUUCAGACGUCAUAUAGUGAGGUUACAGUUAAAGCAGCCUCGGCUUGCAACCUCACUGGGAGUUGUAUCAAUGAGACAUCCUGCAACUAAUGGCAUGGCUGGAUGAGUCUAAAUUGAUGCUCCUCUCUGCUGCAGACAUAAGUAGUUUGCUCUCUCUCCAGCUGCUUCUGUCCAUUUUCCCCAGAACUGUCCCACAGGAGAGUGCAGUUGUCCAUUAAGCCUUCCAUCAGUCUUUGUUUACAACCCCCAUUGUUAUUAUCUUUUAGCCAAUGCAUGUAGGUCCGCAAACAAGCCAAUUUUAGUGUUAACCUUGGAGUGAGUCCUGCUCCCCAGUCUGUGACAGAUCCCUGCAGCUCAGCUGCUUCACCGCCGCCUGUUCGGUGGUUAUUGUCAGACUCUCAGAGCGUUGGGCUGGCGCUGGCUCUCUGCCUGGCAGAGCCUGAAUGCCAAAGUGGUGUCUCCAGCCUAACGAUGCAUUGAGAUUUAAAUUUCCACUCCAUUCAGGGACUUUUCAGUUCGCCCAUUCACAAACCCCUUAAGCAUUUGCUGAACCUUGAGCAUAUCAUGUUUUUUUGUGGAGAAUGUUGUGGUCAGUCGGAGACAGGAGGGCUGGAGAAGAGGCAGUGAAAUAUCAGGGGAGAUGUGUGGUUGUUUUAUGCACAUAUUUGUGUGUCCUUGAAUGAGCGAGGAGCCUGCAAACCAGAGGGAAGGAGGAUCAUUUUGAGGCUCUGUUUGAUUUGUUUGCCUCUGUGUCCAUGUGCACGUCCAUCUGCAUGUCCCAAAUAGCUGGUAAUGAUUCCACUCACUCACUAUUACAGGGAUCAGGGUGAACUCGUUAGCGUAAUUAGUUCUAGGUCUUUGCUUCCCUGGUCCGUGGGUGAGAUCUCCAGCUAAAGGGGGAUUCAUCCCCAUGAAAAGACAUGCUUUGUGGGGCUUCCAUUCAAAAAUUCCAGCCCCCCUCCUCUGAAACAGGGAUUGAAAAGGAGGCUGGUUGGGAUUCUAAUCAGCACAUGACGGUGACAUCCAAGAGCUCUGGGAAGGGAAUCAUACACUUCACAUAUCGUGCGAGGAAAGCCAAAAACAGAUCUGCACCCUUUUACGUUAACAUGACGUGAAAAUUAAAAACCUAACAGGAUGUUUAACAAGAGUGGCUCAAAAAUGUGCUCCUGCGUCAUGAGUGUGAGGGACUGAUCAAAGUUUCUUUUGUAAUUGAAUACGUUCAAUCCCAAUCUGUCAAACAGCAGCUGAAAAGGUACAAUUGAUCGUCCUUAUCUAUGAAGAUCAGGGCGAAAAUCGAUCAUGAUUUUUUCUUUUUGGAGCAAUAUCAAUCCAUCUACAAAAAUCAAUCUGAGAAAAAAGAACAAAAACAAUCAAACAAAAAACUCUCCCUUUGGUUGAAUGGUAACAGAAAGGUCGCGUUUAAAGAGCGCACCUGGCAACAGAUCUCACCGUUAAAGGUUCCACAUAAUGAAAAAACAUAUUUUUCCUGGUCCCUGCUUACAUUCUUUAGCCUUCCUCAAGCCUAGCAACCCUGAGAGUGUGGAAGUAAAAAAAGCCUCAACAUAGUUUCUGUCGCCCACCCUGAGAGAAAGCACUUUUACAAGGUCAGUGGAACUGGACCCUGUGGUGAUGCAAUACCAGGAUACAGAACCAGUCCCACCAGUACUCUGAUUCAGCUUCUUCCGAGGCGACUGUGGCUUUACAAGUCAAUUUACACAUAAAAGAAGAGAAGUAUGAGUAUAGUUAUAUUUUGGAUUUCAUGUGUAGUGUACUGGUGCAGCUUUUUCUGGAGCCCUUGCCACGUUUGUUUGGGUGUCUUUCCACGUUUACACCAAUCCUCACCUCAUUAUCGUAGCAUCCUGCUCGCUGAUAUCACUGCAUGGAUAACGAGGUUAGAGACUGAGAGGCUGAAUUUCAAUCGUGCAACCAAACUCAAAACCCUGUUUAAAAGGACACGUUGUAAACAGCUGCUAAUACUAUCACAUGGACCUUUAACGCUGGGAAAGAACUUCUAUCACAAAGUGAGACGUCUUUAUAAAGACUAAAUCUGUUGAGGGGAUUGUACUUGAGAGUCUAAACUUGUAUCUGUUGUCUAAACUGAGUUCAUUUUAAAGUAAUAUCCUUGACAGCACCUGUUUAUACUCAUAAUAACCACAAACACGGUCAUAAAAUCCACUCUGGCUUUAAGGAGAGUGCUAUACGGUAUAUUAUUAUGAUCAUUAUUAUUUAUAGCCUGUAUGCUUGUUAAGUUUUGGUAGUGGUGGACUAUUUCCUGUAGACUGAUAAAUAGCUGUUAUAUGAGCUCUUUUAGAUCUCUGCGGUGACACUUAGGCAGCGGUGGACUGAAUACUAAUAUUGACCUUAAGCUGUCUCUUCUGGCCUCUAACAUAGAGCCGCUUACGGGAGAAAGCCGAUCCAAGUCAAGCUGAGAUUCAUAUCUCGCUUAAGCAUUAUACACUGAGCUCUUGCCAUGAGGUGAUUUGAUGAAAAAAAGAUCACGCAGGGAUUGUAGUUGGAUUCAGAGUUUUCUAAAACACAGUGAUGCAGUGCCAGUUCGGUGUGUUGGAAGCUAUUGUUGUGAACUAUACUAUAGAAGAAGAUGUGUGCGUGCUUUCGCCCACAUGGUCUGCUUGUGAUAAAUGAAAUGGGUGAAGUGUGGGUAACGGCGAAGCAUUACUCCAAAGAGCAGGAAAAUCACUAGGAUUUGAAGAGCACUUUGGUGCCACUACCUCCCAAAAUUAUCAAUAAUUAAUUAAACCAAGAUGCUCCUGAGAGCUUCAUCAUCGGAGGGAUCUUUACGCUCUCUUGCUUACAUGAAUCAAGAGAAUGACUGCAUAUCGAUCCUAAAAUGUUUAAUAGACUCGUGCAAAGUACCAAUAAAAAAAGGACACACUUCUGAGACAAAAUGAGUUCAUCGUCCCAAAUAUUAUCGGCCUGCUUUAAAAGACAGAUGACUACAGCAUCGUCAAAGAUCUUCUAAGCAGGAACAUCAAAAAUAUUGAAUUUCUGACAUACUCUCAGUCAAUAGUGUAGGUUAACAGUGUCACAUUUUUUCUGCCAUAUGUCAGGUUUUGCCUUAAGAAGUGACCCUCUUUUUCUCCCCUUGGUCCAGUUCUUUUUUUAUCCGGGGGCACUUAAAUCAUUCAGAGGGGUCCUGGAAGAAGAGCAGAGCAGCAGAGGCAGCUGCUCCUGCUGAAGCCUUCUGAACGUCAAGCCUGGGGGACUUUUAUCCCAUCCUCUUCCACUGGAAUCGCCCUCAAAUGUAAUAUGGAGGAUAAAUUUGGGGCACAGUUGAGCCUUGGCGGCAAUAAACUUUUCAAUACAUUUGGCACUUUGGGGGACAAUGUGCCACCAGUCAUAACUUGUGUUUAGCUUGUGUGCUUUUGGCUGUUAUCAGGUAAGAAAAGGAUGCGUGGAAGUGAUGCUGUUAUUGGGGGGUAUUUGAAUGAUGGUGACAUCAUUGCAAUACCUAUUCUUUGUAUUAAAACCUAAAAAAAAACAUACUGAGUUUAAUUAUAACUUGUUAUGAGGCAAGAAUGAAGGCUUCCUACAGCUGCUGCUAUCACUGAAUUAAUGUUAGCACCAGAGGUAGCCAUGCAGUACUCAAAGUAUCAGCCUCAAGUGGUUACCAUAGACUGUCUAUGGAUGCUGUCUGCCUCCUAGCUGGGUAAAACCACUCCGAGAACAGCACCCUCUGGUGACGGGCUGCAAUAUAGGUCAUAAAUCCUACCUCCUCCAGCCAUAACAAGGGAGCUGUGGACAAACUCUAGAAAUUAAUGACACAGAAUAUAAAUUUUUCUUCCCUCUGGUUGCGAUGUUGACAUGUAGUUGGUUGUAGCCUGGUUUGUGCUCAAGUCCUCUUUUUUCUGUGCAGCUCCAUUUUUAAACAUUAUUAAGGGGUUCAUGUGGUAAUGCUUUCUUUUACGGUACACUUAUUACCAGGUAAUUAACAGGUAAUUACCUAGUAACAACAUGAAAUUAUCUGGUAAUCACAUGAUAACUACUAAGUCAAGACUGUCUAGCUACCAGGUAGGUAACCUGAAGCUAUUAAUUAUCAGUCUUAAAAUUGGUGAUGCAUAUGAUCAUUGGUGUUACUUGAAAUGUAUUAAUUUAAAGGUAAGGUGUGUAGAAAGGGGAACAUUUGAGAAUUUAAGAGAACAGGUUUUGGAUUGAAAUGCUCUUCUGCUCACCCUUCAUGCUGGUGAUACAACACUGGCCUUUGAGGAUAAGAUGCUGCUGAUGCAUAAAGUAUGAACCUUUAUCAAGGCAGUUCAGUCAUUAACUCUGCCAGAAUAAUGCUGCAAAAGCAACUAAAAUAGGAGCCAGAUUGGAAUGAACUGUCUGAUUGACAUGGAUAGACUGUAAGUGUGAUCUUCAAAAGUGUGCGUGUCUUUGCUGUAGAUACUGCAAGAGUGCUAUUACAGAUUUAAAUAAAACACAUAAAGUGAGUAUGAAGUUCAUGCAGGUGUUAUGCUUCACAAACACUGCUGUCAGUCAUCCAGGAAAAAAAGCUGCACAAUUUGACGGGUUUGUGGUCUUUAGAAUCACAGAGUUGCAAGGCAACCAAGUGGCAGGUUUCUCAGCACUGUGUAAUAAACUAGGGUAUCAAAGCCAGGCACUGACCCAUUUGUGUCAGAAUCAACUUGUGCACGGAGGGGAAAAAAAACAUUGAAGCCCUUAUUUAAAAUUCAUGAGGUAACCUGAAAAUGACAAGGUCUUCUGUGCGCUCGGAUAUGUCCUGCUUCACUUACAGCUCUGUUUGAAGAAUGCAAACCCCUGUUCCUCCACAGAUCUAUGAAUAUGUCUUUUGUGCUACAGAGAAAAAAUGAAGCUCUGUGCAGAGGUAUAAGUGCUUGGCUUUUAAAGGACAAUUAAAGUCCAUAUUUGCUAUUUACUGCUGAGAUUGAUUUGUUGGAGUAUUCAAUGACCUUGGGGCUUUUAAUCGUGCUUAGUUUAUUGUUAUGUUUCUUGCUUUCCCCCUCCUGUUUGUGAAGCCAAUCCACUUUGUUUGCCAUUAAAGAACAAUUGGUUCAUUGUUGUUUAUCUCCUUUGAAAUGGAGUGGGCCAUUAUCUGCACUACACAGUAAUUGAGAAUCCGUUGUGGCAGCAUUUAACAAAUAUAUCCAACUCUAAACUUCUCUUUUUUCCCCCCAGACUUCAUAUGAAAGAGGCGAGAGUGUAUGAGCUGGUCCUCACAGGCAUUUCUGGCAUCUAAAGGAUGUCCAUGCCAGCACCGCUCUCAGCCAAAAUGCAAAGGUCACUUGAGUGGAUAAUUAUUUCCCUACGAUAAUCACUGUGCCAUCCUGGACUCUGGUUUCUAUAUUGUCAGUUAAGUCUGUAGAAGAUCUGCAACCUCGGUCAAGUCUGACUGGCUGCUGCACCUAGGCUGUUCAUUCCCAGUUUGCAGCUGAGAAGCUUAGACUAAUAUAUGGUUUUUUCUGUAUAUAAUCUCUCCUUAGAUUUCCCAGUUGUCUCUGUUGUGACCUUUAUCUUUGAUAGUCUUUCUUGUCCUUGAUGGAAAUUGUGGUAUGUCUUAAAGGUACAGUCUGUAAAAUUGCAUUACACUUACGAGAUCAGACUAGGUAGAAUCAAUGUGAUGCGAUAAUGUGGCGUUUAAAAGGUACAUAUGCACCCUUGAAUGGGCCAUGCAUAUCCCACUCAGGAGUGGAUUCCCCUGCAUAAAGGGCACCAUUUUGCACCGUCAUGUUUUUUAUUUUUUCUCUUUUUUUAUUGCCUAGAACAGAAAAACUAGACGACUAGCAGACAAACCAGACAAGUUUGUGUUUUUGUAUUUACAGAUGUCUAACCAUACUUAUCGUGUGCUACAGGAGCUCCUUGUGCUUGAAGAAACUUUGCUUCUGCAACAGUAGGGAUGAGUCAAGUGGUAUUUCUGUCCAUCUGAUUACUGCAUGACACUAAACGUUUAUAUUUCUACACAUUUGUGCCUUUAAGAGGUAUGUUACAACCUGUUGGCUUCAUUGUUUUUGACAAUGUGAAGAUCCAAAAUAGACACAGACUCAGUUCUGUGCAAUACCAGCUGUCUACACAAGUAAAAUGUUAUACUAAUUAUAUUUUAAUACGAAUAAAUGUUGCUCUAAAAUAUAAAGUAGGAUGGGAGAAUAUAUCCCUACCAUAUGAAUGCUGGGACCUUGGUUUUGCAUCCCACUUCAUGUUCCCAGGCCCCUUCACUGUCUUCAAAUGAUCUCCUAAAGUAAAUGUAGCAUAAGCAUUUAGCGUUUUAAUAUUUAUUGGAUUUCAUUUCAGGUUGUUUAUAAAUAGAUGUAUGUCAAAAAGACAGUAAGAUUCACUAAAUUCUUCGUUUUACAUGAUUUUUUCCCCGUUAGCCGAACACUAAAUUAAACGGCUCCUGCUGUCAAAUAAGAUAGUCGAGCCUUUCAGCCUCAGCUCAUCUAUGCUAAAAGACAACCUGCUGAGCUGAUUGUCAUUCCUGUGGACAGAGUAACAGUCUCUGUAGUAUUCCUCUGGCCUGCAUAUGUGUGCUUUAAUCAUUGUAUAUUCUCAUCAUGGUGGUGUCAUUUAUUAGACUGCAGGAGGGUGUUGUUACUAGGAGGACUGACCUUUAAAAUAAAGUGGUAGUCCUUGAGGAGGACAAUUAGUGGUGGAGAAUUUUCCCAUAGAGCAAUACUUGGCAGUAAGUCUACAUAACCACGGUAGAAAGCUUGCCUGACCUGCAACUGAACGUUCAUCUCCAAAUUGUCCCCUUUUUGUCCAACUCUCCUCUGCCUGUUUCUAUUGUCCACUGAGAGACAAUAGAGUCCAUCAGCAGCACUCAUGGAGGGGAUUUCACUCUGCUUGUUGCUGUUCUGGAGUGGAAUUCAGUGUGUCAUUUUUACAGUGUUAGUUAAAAAAAGAUUGAGCACACAGAUAAUGAGUCCUUAUCUACAAAAGAAGCACUAACCUGUAGAUGGUGAGAGACAGAAGCAAAUAAAGUAUUAACUCUGCCCCAGAUUUUCUGCUUGAAUAAAAACUAAACCAGAACUAACAAAUCCAAAAUCAUCUGGGUCAUUUCACCAUCACUCACAGUGGAUGUUUUUUUUCUCGAUAGUUCAAACAUGAAACAAGAGACAGAUCAGCCGGAGUGCUGUCUCUUCCACAGUCUAUGAAACAUGGGUCCACCGACAGCAUGAGAACAUCAGGCCCGGCAGGCUAUUAGAGUGUUUGCCUGGAAGGGAGAGAGGGAAUUACUACUCCCAUUUCACUUCGGAUAAAUGCGAUCAAAUUUCACACAGGCACUUAUGAGCAGCGUGGAUGGAUGGGAUUGAAUUUGAGUGCAAAGACACAUGUCCAUAAGUACCAUGUAAUCGACUUGAAUCCAUAACAGGCACCUUUUUUCAAUAAUGGAAUUCACAAUUGUUACUCACUUAAGAGGAAACGAUCACAAAAUUAGUUUUGCAUCUCUUUUUUUUUUUAACCUGGCUGCACUACACACUCUCUGACCGUAUAUGAUUUCACCUAAUGUGUUUAAAAAGCAAUCACUUAAAAUAUCUUAAAGAGGCCUAUAUCUGUUUUCUUGUUUUUUUUUCUCACAGAAACAGCACAAGAACUAAAGACCACAGUCAUAACUUUAAAGGCAUCUUACAUGAUUUCCUCACUAAAUACUGCAAAUUAGGGAAGCUAAAGCUUGAACUCCGAAAAUCCAAUGUCCCUUUUAGAUUCAAGAUAGUUGUCUGUCAUCUUAAUUCUUGCACAUGCUUGUGUUUCUGUGGCUUGGAGAUGGUGAGCAUUCCUACUUCAAAACAUCCUCAUGUAUUCUCAUCAUCAGAAAAUUAUUCUUAUGUCAAAAAAAGGAAAAAAAAGUCUCCGCAUUUCUGUCAAAUGCUUAGCAGUCCUACGGUGUUCCCUCAAAAACUCGUUGGAAACCUGCAGGAGGAUUGCAGCUAAUACACUCCUCAAGUACCGAUAAAGGCGAUCUUAUCUUAUAUUAUCUCUGGUUAUUUCAUUUGGUGAACAGUCAGAAAGACGAGCUGAACUCAGCAGGUUGUGUUGAUUGAUGCAGCACAUGAGUAUUCUGCUGUGGGAUCAUUAAAAUGAAGCACACAUUUCAUAUUGCACACACGCACAUCAAAGGUAAAUCCCCUCAGGAUGCUCUGAACUCGGAGCAUAUCUGGCCCUCUGACAUUACUGUGGAAGUUAAUUUACAGGCCAGGAAACAGGUCAUGUGUCUUACUGGCCCAUGGGUGAGAGGUUGAAGGCUAGUCCAGCAUGAAUACCUGACCGAGGGAAAGACAGGAUUCAAGACCCCUUAUGUAGCACUUCUGAAUGAAAACCCAACAGAUCCAAUGGAAAGCUAUAAUCACGUCUUCAGUGAUUUGAUCUGCUGUGAGUGGCCUUCAUUUAUAUUUAUAUUCUAAUGAUGGAAUUUAAAUUUAGAAAGCUGCAUAAGAAGUCACCCUUCCAUGCUGAGCCAUCAGUGGUAGUUUCAGUUUGUUUAAUAGUCAGCUUACAGGGGCUACAGCGGAGAAUCUCUUAUUUCUGCUGCUUACAUCGACCAUACUGAGGAUUCACUGCCUUUUUUAAACAUUAAACCUUCAGAGUUUGAGCCACAGUUAAGCAUUGCCUCUGAGAUUUAUUACACAUCUCCGUAGACACAUUGAUGCAUUAUAUAGAUUUCUGCAUUAAGCACAUGUACUGAGAACUGAACCAACUGGAAUGAUAACAGCAACUCUGAACUCUCGUUUAGGAUCUGAUCUCUCAUAUCUCUUCUACAGAGAACACGGCUACUUGUCGCAUUGGGAGUCCCAUGCUUAGAUUUCCACCUCUAUAUUUGCCAUCUGAGUCCUCUGAACAAAAUUCCUCAUCCUGUUCAGUAUCUACAUUGUCACGAGGAUUGAACUGUGUAAUGAAAAAGUAGAAUUGAGCUGACAGAAAUGUGGGAACAGGACUGGCUGAACCGCCUCUACAAAUAAUGAUGAUAGGAGUUAUGGGACAUUGUUGCUGAAAGAAUGAGAUAAGGGAGAUUUGAAAGGGCCCAAGGUGUCGAGUGAGUACAUAAAGAUGCUCAAUGCGGAAAGAGAGUAAAUAUUUUCAUUGACUGAUGGUCUCAUCUCUGUGUUGGGCUGCAGCAGGUUUCACUUUCUCCUUAUUGUGUUUCCCUAGUUUGGAAAGAUAAGUAAGAUUAGACUCAAAUUCAGUGGCGGCUGCUGGUCUUUCAAUGAGGGGAAGCUCAUUUUUCUGGCCUACAUCAUAAUUGUAUUUGUUUAUUAGUAUGUAACAGAACAGAGUCGCCAAACACAACGGCAGUCGUUUUUAACAAAGAAAAAAGUCGCUGAGGAUCGGUAAAGUCUCCGGAGCAGUUAAGAACAACGGAAUGAAUGACUUGGAAAAUGCUCUGGUAGAUGUUUUAUUCUUCAAGAUCGCUGAUUCGCUUGUUUAGCUGUCAAUCAAAAAAGGAUUUCGCCUCAGACAGCUCAUCCAAUCAUGGAUGCAGAAGCUUGGAGUCCGGGAGAAAGUCGGGACCGCCCUCUCGCCAUAGAACUCCAGUGAAGCUGGGCUUCCGAUGGGCGGGACAAAGCCCAGCAUUUAUCCAAUGAGCGUCUAGUUUCGCUGCUGGAACAACCCACUUUAAGCUUCCACAUUGAAGUCAGCAGAAGCCCAGCGUCCGGCUGUUUACAGCGCUGAGGCGCUGCGAGGAUGAAUGAGAACGAAGUUAUGCCGGUUACCUGUAAUUAUCAGCUUCUUAUCACAGUGUCUGAACAAAAGAUGAAGGCUUUCUAGCGCGUAUUUAGUUAAUGAAAUGUACACACAGUAGAACGUAUUUCACCACUUUUUCUUUUGUUUGGGGGGUGACAUUUUAAGGGAAGCCGAGCUUCCCUUGCAGUCUUAGAGCAAUCGCCACUGCUCAAAUUCUUGGACUGCAAAACCAAAUAACUGUUCCAUUGUUUUAAAUACCACAAAAGCGAUACAUCUUGAUCACACUCACAUUGCCAGUAGUUAUUUCUGUCUCCUUUUCAUGCUGCAUUCAGCUGCUGUGAUAUUUUUAGUCUAGAUAAUGUGUGAACUUCUUCAUGUUGAUUUCAUAGUUUGAUCUUAACUUGUAAAAAACUGCCUUUUUCUAACACUGCCCGUGUCUGUGAUUGGUCAUUCUCUUGGAAGAACACACCCCUUUUCCAUCAAAGCACUCAUGAAGAAGUACAAAGAUAGUUUCAUCUAUCUAGCUGAUAACUGGAUGUGAAUGCUUAGCACGGAGCUCUUCUGAAGCCAGAUAACCCUGUCUCUAUUGAAGCACAGACCUCAGACCUAGAUGUAUUUGGCUGUUGCAGUGUUAGCUGAUGCAGUGGACCAUUCAUGUGUGGAUGUAUGAUUCAUGGCUGUAGUUGAAGGUUGUCUUCAUGUUUGUGUCUUGAAAAUUAGUUUGUCUAAAGGGUUUCACACCUUUUGAUCUGAUCGUGAGGUUCAUGGUCGCACAAAAGGCAUAGUGUGCAGCAGUGGAACUCUGACAGAAAAGGAUGUGAAGCAGCUCCAAAACCGAACAUUAGAACAACACAACAUUAUAAUGGAAUACAGAGACAAGACAACCACAAUAUGAUCCCAUAGUAACUCAAAAAGGCUAAAGCUGAAGUUAUUCUAAUGUUCAGACUGUGACAGGUUCAGGACUGAUCUGUGCUGUUAAUAAACAGUCAGCAACUCAGUCUUUCAGUGAACUGUAGAUAAGCCUGCAGUUACUUAGCUAGUUUGUGUUUUAUUGUUGAACAUUAGUUUCUGAAUUUUAAAGUCCCACUUUGAUUUUAUUUUCUACUUCUUUAAGUGUUCUCAGUGGUCUUUAAACUGCGAGUUACCUGUGUCAUUUUCAAGGGCUUUUCUUCUGCAGAGCUCCAGUAGCUCAUUAGCAGUUCACCUCUGAGUCGUGGGCGGAGACAGCGCUGCUCUGCACACUCUUUAUGUUAGCUUGCAGCCUAAAACUGCUGGUGUAGUAGAAGUGGAAGGUAACAUAGGAGCUAUUAAGUUUUCAGACACUAAUGUCUUUAGGAACAUGAUGAAAGUUAACAUCAUAAUUAGCUUUCUUACAAGAAUUGCAAUGCAGUAAUGUACACGCUUGUUUCGUGAUUUUCCUCUCUACUUUUCCGAGUCUGGAGUGCAUAGCAGGGCUCUGGGGGCGGAGCUUGGAUUUGCUACCUAGGAAAUCUCACUGUAUCUGAACCUGCUGUUUGGGUCUGCAAAAGAUUCACAGUGAUUUGAAUGCAGAAAUACUCAGAAAUGCAAUUUCACACUUACUUUUCGCAUCAGAAAAAUGCCAUAUGAACAUGUAGACAAGUGGAUCUUGUCUACAAGUGGAUCUUGUCUACAUGUGGAUCUUUAAACAAUACGAGUCAAAAUUACAAAUGCAGUAUACUUGUCUAACUGCUCCCUGUCUAUUUCUCUCUCUCUUUCUCUCUUCUGUAGCCAUGGGAGUGCUUAUGUCAAAGAAGCAGCAGGUGGAGAAGGUGCAGAAAUGCAACGCUGUCGUCUCUGCCUUUCAAGCAGGCCUCAAGGACCGUGCCUUAGCCAAACAGGCAGAAGAUGAAGCAACUGAAGCUGAAGCCAAAUCUUCAGCCACUCCUGACGAAAAAGAGACAGAGGACGCAGAGAAAGAAGAAACGGAAAGUGGCGCAGGUCCAUCGACAUCCCAGCAGGCCUCCGCUUCAGCCAGAGAUGAGUGCAAGGUCAACCAGGAGGCCUGGUCGAGGUUACGGGAUGGGAAAGGGGUGGAGCCUGAAGAUCUGGACAAGACCCAUCAGCUCACACCUCCUGCUUAUGUGCGGCCCAAAAGGGAGGCAGAUGAUGAUCAACCUGUAGAGAUUGAACUGGAAAAGAAAGAGCAGGUAUCAUGCACUAACCCAUCUGUUGACUGGUGAUUUUAGCAUGUUUCAUUGAGGAUGAAUAUGACAGUGUGUUAUUUGAAGCAGGAUUGUAUAAAAAAUACCAUCUACUUUCACAAAACAGACACUUUAAAUCCCCAAGCCCUGGGAUUAGAGAGAUGUCUGCAAGAUGUCAAAGAAUCGCCAUGGCAACAGCAGCUUAUUAUCUCCUUUCCUCCCCUAAGUUAGGCAUUAUGAUAAAGCAGUUCAGCCAGACUGAGAAGGCACUCCUAAGCUUUAUCUAAACACCCUUGUUGAAGGUGAGAAAGGAUGAGUUUGGAGUGUUUUUUUUUUUUUUAAUUCCCCUCAUUCGCUGUGAGGUUUGUGUUUUUUUGUUGUUGUUGUUGUUGUUGUUGUGAGUGAGGACUCUUCACAGUAUGCACCUUGUGGGCGGGCUGCUUUGGCUGACUAGGGGAGCUGAGAGUGACCACGUUCAGGGAGACGCUGACUAACAGGAUUUAAAGUUCACAGGAGCACUGACACCAUCAGGUUUUAUAUUUUGCGAAGAGUAAAUAGUGCCUGGCUACUUUCUGUGCUGUUAAACAAGAGGUACAACGAUACAAAAACGAUAUUAAACUUUCAAAAAUAAGAAUAAAUUAUGUGGGAAUCGACCAAAACGAUCCCACUGACUGAUGCAUAUGGAGUGCUUUUUGUAGCAAUCAGGCUAAAAUUGGAUUAAUUUUAAUGUAUCUCAGGGGUUACUGUGGGACCACUGUUGCUGUUUUUUUAAUGCAGACCUCUUCUCUAAAACAUCCUUCCAUAUUUCCUGUAAGUGACUCUGAAGUCUUAAUUCCAUAGAAAGCAUGUGCCUCAUGUUCAGGGAGCGCCGAACACUCUGCAGCAGAUCUCCGCCCAAUUUGGUCAAUUUUGAGAUUCCGCAGGGGGCAGUGUGGUGGAUCCUAACUCUGUCCCAGGGGCAUCUUUUUGCUUCUCUUUGCCAAAGAUGUGCAGCAAACCUAUUUUUUACCGAGUCCACACCUAAUGCACUUAGAGCUAAAGGGAUCUAAUCUACCUGAACAGAAAAUCACAUGCAGCAAUGACACAAAUCAUCCAAUCAAUUUCAAACCAAGCACUCCUUUAGAACAAAGUAGUACACUUCAAUUUAAUUUUAUUAAGUAUGCUUGAGUAUAAGUAAAUCAAGUAUACUACUGACUGUGUGCUUUUAGUGCACUACAGAGUGUACUAAUUUAAUACUUCUUUUGAUUAAAUUGGAACAUUUUAAAAGUACACUUGAAGCAUACCUUUAUUUACUCAGAUGAUGGAUGGGGGGGCAUGCAGCAUGGUCAGGUGACCACAGUCCCCAACAUAGAGCGCACUUUAAUCCACUCGGCUAUCUGUGCGCUGACUCUGAAGUAUAAUUAAAACUACAUUUUGGUAUGCUAUUAUUUCAAUAGUAGUACAUAUUUUUAUACUUGGCUAGUACUGCUUAGUAUACACUAUAAAAAUAUACUCUUAAAAAGAUAUACGGAAGUAUUCACUGACCAAGUAUACUUAAAAACAAGGCACAAAUACAUACUUAAGUAUAUCUUGAACAAAAGUUUAUGUAUAGGUAUCGGUUACGUACAGUAUUUUUAGACUUUUAGUAUAAUUCUUAGUGCAAGCCAAGUAUAUUUAACAUCAACUUUUUAAAGUCUAUCUCUUAUAAGUCCACAAAAACUAAACUGACAGCAUACUAAGUUUAAGAACAGUAUACUUGAAGUACACUCCAACAUACUUCUUUUGGUAAGGGCUGUACAGACACUCCUGAUCUUGCAUCGGCUCUAUACAGGACUUUUAGCAGUUAACUUUGUCUUUAGUGUGUUUCAUUAAGCUCAUCUUCAGACUGUAUUCUCUUCUCUACUGGCUCAUAGAUUUCAGUUCAGCACCACUCUUAAAAAUGAGUGUUAAUUGUGUAUAAAAUCCUCCCUUAGUAAGCAGAUGGGUAAGUAGCUGAGCACAUUGAGAGGUUGAACCCUCAACGUUAUUUAACUCAUGGUCUACUCCUCUGUACAUGCUUGAUCUACAGAGCAAGGACUCAUUCUUGAUUAAUAAGCCCUGCCAAGUUUAAAAGAAGCCAAAGUCAGUAUGCUAUCACUCACACUAACACGGUAUAGACAGAGUGACAUAAUGAAACUGAAAGCCUGCAGGGUCACUCUGUACAUCUUCAUUUGUGGACACAUUUCAGCAUCUUAGAAGUUGAUGGAUGAGCAUAUCUACCAGUUCGAGUCCCUGUUGAAGGCUUUGAUUGCGUUUGUGAUGGCCUUAUGAUGCGGGAAGCUUGUUGUAAAUGGAGCCAGGUCACAAGAGAUGGGCCAUAACUCCAUACUAAGCUGUGACUUGGGAAAUUAGACAGCAUGUCGGCUGAGAUGUGACUACAGCCCUGACGGCAGCUUUGCUACUAAAUUAAAACUUAAGAAAAAACAGUGAUGACAGAACAUCUCUGUGUGUGGUUAACAAGGCAGGCACUCUGCAGUUAUCUUCUCCGGAUGAACUGUGUCAUAAGUGGCUCUAAGUUAGACAGCCAACAGUAUGUCAAAAACAGAUCAUGAUCAUUGAAGGUCCCACUAGCUACUACAAUAAGAAUGCACUAUUGCUGCUCUUGGACUGAUGCCUGCUCUUGACUCUGAAAUCUCUCUGUGUUUACCUCAGCCACCCAGUGAUGAGAUGUGUGACGUGUGUGAGGUGUGGACAGCAGACGACCUGUAUCCCUGCAGGAUCUGCACUCGGGUGUUUCACGACGGCUGCCUAAGAGAGCUGGGCUAUCUGCGUGCAGAGGCCCUGCAGGAGAUGAGAGAUACAGCCCACACUGUUACUGGAUGGAGCUGCUACUAUUGUGUAAGUCUCCACAGCCUUCACUGCCACUAUAUACAUGUGAAUGCACACUGUGUGGUAAAAAGUACACUGAGUGGGUUAUUAUUUAUUCGUCACUAAUGAUUUUUUUCCUCACAGUUAUACAAGAUCAUCAACAAACCUGAAGUAUGUUACUGUUGAUUGCAAUGUAAUAGACACCCCAGUGUGCCAGGGGGUUGAUUUUUAUCCCCUGCUAUUUUCAAGUGCUUGUCUGUCUGUUAAAAUAAACCCCCUGUCUUAAAGUCCAUGACUUUUCCUGAUAUGGAUUUAUUAAUCAUUCAGUCAAUUUUGGUGAGGGUGGGAUAAAAAUUAAGAUAAAAACGACCAUUUAUACCUGGAACUGCCAAGAAGGGUCAUUUUUACCCCCUCAUAUAAACUCUGUAUAUGGCUGUCAAUUAUUAUGAGAAUAACAAUUAUUAUUAUUAAUAUUGAUAUUAUUUUAUAGAAUUAUUAUAGAGUUAUUUUGUUUUUGUAAAAAUAUUGUUAUUUGAUCAUUUCAUUGCUCGUUGAUCAGUUCCUACAGCUUGUUGGUGAAUGUAAAAACGUAUAAAUAUUGUAUGAGCGUGAGAGCACAGUGUUAGGCCAUCUUAUAAGUUCUUUUAAAAUUAUUAUUAUCAUCAUUAUUAUUAUAGAGACAUCUGUUAUUUUGUUAUUGUAAAUAUAUUGAUUGAUCAUUUGUAUUUGUUGAACAGUUCCUUCAGUUUGUUGAAUUUGAAAAUGUAUUUUACCUUUUGGAUUAAAAUAAUUAUUUAUUUGCUUUUAAAAAAAACACACCACAAUAUAUAUUUUAAACACUUAUUUUGCCUAUUCUCCAUUAAAAAUAAAAGAUUAGAAAAAGUCACCUGACACCUUCUAGAAAUGACACUGUAGCAUCACUGACGCUGUUGGAGCUUAGGGGCCAAAAUGAUCCCCCUCGGCAGUUCUUGAUGGACUGGGAUGUUGGCGGUUCUAGUGUUAGUGUAGUAGCUAACACCUGCUAAUCUGUCCUGUACCUGCUAGACCUAAUAUCGGUUUUACAGACAGACUUUGCUUCACAGCUUGAAUCCUGCAUGUCCAGAUAAGAUGCUCUUAAAAGUUUCUCUGGGACUUCUUGACAGCCUGUUAAGAAGAUGUCAGUUAUUUUUGAACGUACUACUGCUGAGAUACCUGUGAGCUAUCUGUCAGACUGAACCCAGAUUUUCCUUUUGGAACAUCAAAAGUCAAACAGGGGUGGUCUUUUUCUGCAAUAAAACCAUCUUCUGCCAACUGCCAAUGUACAGACACAGACUUACAGGGAGUGUUUCAUCCCUGCUACAACAAAAAGCCUUUUUCUCACUGCAGAGCAAAUUAUGACAGGAAAUGCAUAGAUGGAACUAACAUCAUUAACAUCCGCUCUGUUUCCUUUUACUCUAAGUGAUGGUGAGUUUGCCUCAUUAAUUAUCGGCUCUUAACUACAUUAGCUGGUAAAAGUUCCCAUAGAAACAGGUGAAAGUUUCACCUUACUCCAUGCAUACACUCUUUCAUGUGUAAGAUUGGACACGCUUGCUUAAUGCAACCAUUCUUGCAGAGGAAAAACACAAAUAUGCACCAGUGUUUUGUAGCCAAUCUUUCUUUGUUAUGAGACAUUAGUUUAAUAUUGGAUUCUCUCUCAAUGGCACGACCUUUGAGAUCAUUUAGAGAGAGCCCUGUGUGUUUUGACAUGCUUAAAUUCAUAGAUAUCAAGGGUGGAUUUAUAAGUGAACUAGCAAGGUGCAUACCUAAAGAAAUGCAAACAGCUGAGGACCUGUACCUGUUUGAAUACUGGAUUUAAGGUGGUUCAUUUAUAGCAUAAUUCUCCCAAAAUUGCAUUACCCUGGCUCUGAUGAACAAAUCACACGUCCUCUGUUUUUGUAAACCCUUAAACUUACAGUUCAAACUCCACCUGCGGCUACAGAUCUCAAUAUAACAGUGACUAACUUAGUUUUUUUGGGGGGGUCAUCAAACCAAAUCAAGCCGAGCUACUCCAGAGUGAUUUAUGCCAUCAUAUGCACCACAAACCUGUGCAUCGGAGUGUCUAUGCUGCUCUGCACCUUAACACCAGUUAGUAGAGAUUUCUUUGCUCAUCAUAUCACCCGUUUCCAGCUCCCCUACAGCAGGAAACCAUGUUGAAUGAACCAGGCUUUUGUAUUGGAGUUUGGGUUGAUCGGUGUGGAGCAGAAGUUAAACAAACUGCAAUAACUGUAGAGUUGAACAGAGAGUUAUUAGAAACUAGGACCCCGUUGGGGCACUGGCGGGCCCGAGCUGUGUCGCGUCCCCCCCCCCAACGCGCUGCCUCCCCGUCCCAUUUGUGUCCUCUGGCCAUCGCCCUCUCUGGUAACGCCCAUCACUGCAAAGACCCUUUUCCUUCAUCGGCGUUUGCUGUUCUUCCUGCCAGUGCGUGUUGCUUUCACUUACACUUGCCACAGCCAGCCUCGUGAGUGCCUAGCCUAUUGGAUAUCACUGUCACCUACACAGGACAGUCAUUACCUUUCUAUUAAUACUUUGUUUUUUAAUUUCACAUUAAUUUCCAUAUUGUAUAAACAACUGGAAAAAACUUGAGCCCCUGCCCCUGUAUAAUCAUGUGCACGUCUCUGUUCUAGCUCUAAGGUGAAUCUUCACUGCUCAUGUUCUCCUCAGAAGCAGUCACCUCACUCCCCUCAGGUUACUGUACACAUGCACCAACUGCCUGCUUCAGGUUUGGAUGGAGCUUCAUGGUUGUCUUUUGGAGUAAUGACCAGUCAAGUUGUGUUUGAAAUUUGAUUUUUUUCAGGGGCAAAAGGAGCCUCUGCAUUCUUGUCAAAUAUGUAAAUAGCAUGUUUUUGCAGGUGCUAAAAACCAGACUCUGAGUGUGUGUGUGUGCGUGUGUGUGUGUGUCUGUGUGUGUGUGUGUGUGUGUGUGUGCGUUCAAGUCACAUGACAUAUUUAACCGGAUGUAGCUGCAAGACGGAGCCUCGUUGACUCUCCGUUUCAACUUAUCUCAAAAGUGAGGACCUCAACCUAUAUACCAGUUUUUAAAUUGUGUUGAUAGGCCAAAUAAAACCAGAGUUAUGAUAAAUUAUGUCCGCGAUACUUGUUUUCUGCUUAUUUUGAUCACGUUCGGCGCUCGAUCGCGCUGUAUGAGACAGGAAAACAUAGCAUGCAGACAUUCGCGACAGGUCUUACAGGCGGAAAAGGCUUGCCAAAGGAAAAAAAAAAACACACCACAACAUCUCUCCUAUUGGUGGAAAACUUCACCACAACAACCAAUCCAAAAUUAUAUGGUGACUGAUUGACAAGGGGCGGGCGCUUACGUUCUUCCUGCAAUAUGAGAAGGGAGGGAGGGACUCUCAGCAGGGAUGCAGUCUGGGACACGUAGUUGCAAACCUAGCGACUUUGUUGUUAGAUUCAAUGACUUUUCAGACCCCCUAACGACUUUUUUUUAGAAAGAAAGUGACUUUUAUCGACUUCUUCUGGAGUUUAGAGACUCUGACAUGAAGCAGGCUUUCCUUACUGAGGAGUUAGCAACGCUGCUAAGGGUGCAGAGCCACACAUGCGCUCCGAGCUCUGCAUGGGAGACUGAAGCUGACAGAGCUGCAGCAGUUAGCAGGUUUCACCCUCAGAGACCACCAGGGGUUCAUGUUGAGGCAUUUUCAGUUUUUUUUUUUUUUUGCCAUAGACACUGUCAGCACAAUCUGCAGUUACACUAACAAAAAUGCUGCAAAAAACAAAGUCCAUGUGUAAUUUUUCCAUAAUUCUAACAGAGGAGGAUCUACACAAGUUUUUUACAUCAUGUUUUACAUCAUGCAUCAUUUACAUCAUGUUUUUUUGUAGUGGCAUAAAUAAAAAGUGACAUUUGUGAGACUAUACAGUGUUUUGUAAAUAAUUUUACAAAGAACACCUGGGCCAUUGCCUGCAUUUUGAUGUAAAUAGAGGUAAAUUACUAUGUUCUUUGUUAAAAAUUUGCAUAUGUUUUGAAGUUUACAAUUUUUAUUUGAAGUUUAAGUUUUAAAAACAGUUCAUCACACAUAUUUGUGGUUUUCACAGUAAAAACGUUACUUUUUUCCACUCGGAUUUUAUGUUUUGUGUGUGAAUUUGGGUCCAAUGUGUAAAUAUAGUAUGUCAAAAUGAUAAAAUAACUGUAAAUUGACACAGGUGAGGUUGUGCUGAAAAAAAUGAUACCAGGCAAGGCAAGGUAAAAAUUUUGUAAGAGGAAAUAUAAAGGUAAAAUCUAAAGUAGUCAAAAACGGCCAAUAGUGACUCACAGACUCCACAGACAAGUCCCUUUGGCGCCACUCAGUGGGCAAAACUACUUUGUCUACUGUAAUGUAUAUUUGGGUCAUCUUUGGCGCCCCCUAAAACGUAAACCGUGGGGUGCAGCGUCAUGAUUUUUACAACUUUGAAUGGCCAUGGAGUGUAGAUUGGCCUGAGCAAAUUUGGUGUCAUUGGGACGAAAGCCUUAGGAGGAGUUAGCGAAAUUCCAAUGUGUGCGAAUCGGCAAAAAAUGCAAAAUAGCCCUUUUACCGUACAUUAUACAGAUACGCGCUCUUUGACUUUUUCAUAGAUCUAAUUGAGAUACACAUGAUUGUCAAUUUUUGUGUCAUUUUGCCAAAGCGUACAGGCGUGACAGUCAACAAUGUGUAUUUUCACCUUAGGGGACAAGAAAAAAUGGACUUUUUUCUCCUGCCAUGGGGGGGCGCUCUUUUAGGGAGUAAAAAUUCCUUCACAAAUGUGUUGAUGGCUGGACAUUGCAUCAUCCUAGAAAACUUGGAGGCCAGUGAGGACAAAAAUAAAAAGUUAUAAGACUUUUAAAAAUGUGGAUUUUUGGGUUAUCUUUGGCGCCCCCUAGAACGUAAACCGUGGGGUGCAGCGUCAUGAUUUGAAUAACUUUUAAUGGCCAUGGGGUGUAAUUUGGCCUGAGCAAAUGUGGUGCCGGUGGAACGAAAGCCUUCGGAGUAGUUAGCGAAAUUCCAAUGUGUGCGGAUCGGCAAAAAAUGCGGAAUAACCCUUUAACCGUACAUUUGACAGAUACGCGCACAUUGACUUUUUCGUAGAUCUUAUUGAGAUACACGUGAUAGUCAAAUUUUGUGUCAAUAUGACAAAGCGUACAGGUGUCACACUCAACAAUGUGAAUUUUCACCUUACGGGACAAGAAAAAAUGGACUUUUUUCUCCUGCCAUGGGGGGGCGCUCUUUUGGGGAGUAAAAAUUCCUUCACAAAUGUGUUGAUGGCUGGACAUUGCAUCAUCCUAGAAAACUUGGAGGCCAGUGAGGGCAAAAAUAAAAAGUUAUAAGACUUUGAAAUAUGUGGAUUUUAGGGUUAUCUUUGGCGCCCCCUAGAACCUAAACCGUGGGGUGCAGCAUAAUGAUUUGAAUAACUUUUAAUGGCCAUGGGGUGUAGAUUGGCCUGAGCAAAUGUGGUGCCGGUGGAACAAAAGCCUUCGGAGGAGUUAGCGAAAUUCCAAUGUGUGCGGAUCGGCAAAAAAUGCGCAAUAACCCUUUAACCGUACAUUUGACAGAUACGCCCGCACUGACUUUUUUGUAGAUCUUAUUGAGAUACAUGUGUGUGUCAAUUUUUGUGUCAUUUUGACCAAGCGUACAGGCGUCAGGUGAAUUUUUCACCUUAGGGGGCGCUAUGGAGCCAUUUUGCAUUGUAUUGUUUGGGCGACUUCAGAAUAUCAAAUUUUUCACCAGGCCCGGUCGUCCUGCCAAAUUUCAUGGGUUUUCGCCAGUGGGAAGUGGGCCAUUUUCCAGUUCAAAGGGGAGGAAAAAGAAAAACUAGGACCCCGUUGGGGCACUGGCGGGCCCGAGCCGUGUCGCGUCCCCCCCCAACGUGCUGCCUCCCCGUCCCAUUUGUGUCCUCUGGCCAUCGCCCUCUCUGGUAACGCCCAUCACUGCAAAGACCCUUUUCCUUCUUCGGCGUUUGCUGUUCUUCCUGCCAGUGCGUGUUGCUUUCACUUACACUUGCCACAGCCAGCCUCGUGAGUGCCUAGCCUAUUGGAUAUCACUGUCACCUACACAGGACAGUCAUUACCUUUCUAUUAAUACUUUGUGUUUUAAUUUCACAUUAAUUUCCAUAUUGUAUAAACGACUGGAAAAAACUUGAGCCCCUGCCCCUGUAUAAUCAUGUGCAUGUCUCUGUUCUAGCUCCAAGGUGAAUCUUCACUGCUCAUGUUCUCCUCAGAAGCACUCACCUCACUCCCCUCAGGUUACUGUACACAUGCACCAACUGCCUGCUUCAGGUUUGGAUGGAGCUUCAUGGUUGUCUUUUGGAGAAAUGACCAGUCAAGUUGUGUUUGAAAUUUGAUUUUUUUCAGGGGCAAAAGGAGCCUCUGCAUUCUUGUCAAAUAUGUAAAUAGCAUGUUUUUGCAGGUGCUAAAAACCAGACUCUGAGUGUGUGUGUGUGUGUGUGUGUGCGUGUGUGUGUCUGUGUGUGCGUUCAAGUCACAUGACAUAUUUAACCGGAUGUAGCUGCAAGACGGAGCCUCGUUGACUCUCCGUUUCAACUUAUCUCAAAAGUGAGGACCUCAACCUAUAUACCAGUUUUUAAAUUGUGUUGAUAGGCCAAAUAAAACCAGAGUUAUGAUAAAUUAUGUCCGCGAUACUUUUUUUCUGCUUAUUUUGAUCACGUUCGGCGCUCGAUCGCGCUGUAUGAGACAGGAAAACAUAGCAUGCAGACAUUAGCGACAGCUCUUACAGGCGGAAAAGGCUUGCCAAAAGAAAAAAAAAACACACCACAACAUCUCUCCUAUUGGUGGAAAACUUCACCACAACAACCAAUCCAAAAUUAUAUGGUGACUGAUUGACAAGGGGCGGGCGCUUACGUUCUUCCUGCAACAUGAGAAGGGAGGGAGGGACUCUCAGCAGGGAUGCAGUCUGGGACACGUAGUUGCAAACCUAGCGACUUUGUUGUUAGAUUCAAUGACUUUUCAGACCCCCUAACGACUUUUUUUUAGAAAGAAAGGGACUUUUAUCGACUUCUUCUGGAGUUUAGAGACUCUGACAUGAAGCAGGCUUUCCUUACUGAGGAGUUAGCAACGCUGCUAAGGGUGCAGAGCCACACAUGCGCUCAGAGCUCUGCAUGGGAGACUGAAGCUGACAGAGCUGCAGCAGUUAGCAGGUUUCACCCUCAGAGACCACCAGGGGUUCAUGUUGAGGCAUUUUAAAUUUUUUUUUUGUGCCAUAGACACUGUCAGCACAAUCUGCAGUUACACUAACAAAAAUGCUGCAAAAAACAAAGAAUUAUGGAAAAAUUACACAUGGACUGACAUACAGGAGGAUCUACACAAGUUUUUUACAUCAUGUUUUACAUCAUGCAUCAUUUACAUCAUGUUUUUUUGUAGUGGCAUAAAUAAAAAGUGACAUUUGUGAGACUAUACAGUGUUUUGUAAAUAAUUUUACAAAGAACGCCUGGGCCAUUGCCUGCAUUUUGAUGUAAAUAGAGGUAAAUCACUAUGUUCUUUGUUAAAAAUUUGCAUAUGUUUUGAAGUUUACAAUUUUUAUUUGAAGUUUAAGUUUUAAAAACAGUUCAUCACACAUAUUUGUGGUUUUCACAGUAAAAAUGUUACUUUUUUCCACUCGGAUUUUAUGUUUUGUGUGUGAAUUUGGGUCCAUUGUGUAAAUUCAGUAUGUCAACAUGAUAAAAUAACUGUAAAUUCGCACAGGUGAGGUUGUGCUGAAAAAAAUGAUACCAGGCAAGGCACGUGAUUGUCAAAUUUUGUGUCAAUAUGACAAAGCGUAUAGGCGUGAAUCUCAACAAUAUGUAUUUUCACCUUAGGGGACAAGAAAAAAUGGACUUUUUUCUCCUGCCAUGGGGGGGCGCUCUUUUGGGGAGUAAAAAUUCCUUCACAAAUGUGUUGAUGGCUGGACAUUGCAUCAUCCUAGAAAACUUGGAGGCCAGUGAGGACAAAAAUAAAAAGUUAUAAGACUUUUAAAUAUGUGGAUUUUAGGGUUAUCUUUGGCGCCCCCUAGAACCUAAACCGUGGGGUGCAGCGUCAUGAUUUUGAUAACUUUUAAUGGCCAUGGGGUGUAGAUUGGCCUGAGCAAAUGUGGUGCCGGUGGAACGAAAGCCUUCGGAGGAGUUAGCGAAAUUCCAAUGUGUGCGGAUCGGCAAAAAAUGCGGAAUAACCCUUUAACCGUACAUUUGACAGAUACGCCCGCACUGACUUUUUCGUAGAUCUUAUUGAGUUACAUGUGUGUGUCAAUUUUUGUGUCAUUUUGACAAAGCGUAUAGGCGUGACACUCAACAAUGUGUAUUUUCACCUUAGGGGACAAGAAAAAAUGGACUUUUUUCUCCUGCCAUGGGGGGGCGCUCUUUUGGGGAGUAAAAAUUCCUUCACAAAUGUGUUGAUGGCUGGACAUUGCAUCAUCCUAGAAAACUUGGAGGCCAGUGAGGACAAAAAUAAAAAGUUAUAAGACUUUUAAAUAUGUGGAUUUUAGUGUUAUCUUUGGCGCCCCCUAGAACCUAAACCUUGGGGUGCAGCGUCAUGAUUUUGAUAACUUUUAAUGGCCACGGGGUGUAGAUUGGCCUGAGCAAAUGUGGUGCCGGUGGAACGAAAGCCUUCGGAGGAGUUAGCGAAAUUCCAAUGUGUGCAGAUCGGCAAAAAAUGCGAAAUAACCCUUUAACCGUAAUUUUGACAGAUACGGCCGCACUGACUUUUUUGUAGAUCUUAUUGAGAUACAUGUGUGUGUCAAUUUUUGUGUCAUUUUGACAAAGCGUACAGUCGUGACAGUGAAUAGUGUGAAUUUUCACCUUAGGGGGCGCUAUGGAGCCAUUUUGCAUUUUAUUGUUUUGGCGACUUCAGAAUAUCAAAUUUUUCACCAGGCCCCGUCGUCCUUCCAAAUUUCAUGAGUUUUCGCCAGUGGGAAGUGGGCCAUUUUCCAGUUCAAAGGGGAGGAAAAAGAAAAAAGAAAGAAAGAAACAAAGAAAAACCACUUGGGGAAUAAUAGGGCCUACGCCCGGCUGCUCUGCAGCUGGCUCGGGCCCUAACUAGGGCCCCGUUGGGGCACUGGCGGGCCCGAGCCGUGUCGCGCCGCCCCCCCCAACGCGCUGCCUCCCCGUCCCAUUCGCGUCCUCUGGCCAUCGCCCUCUCUGGUAACGCCCAUCACUGCAAAGACCCUUUUCCUUCAUCGGCGUUUGCUGUUCUUCCUGCCAGUGCGUGUUGCUUUCACUUACACUUGCCACAGCCAGCCUCGUGAGUGCCUAGCCUAUUGGAUAUCACUGUCACCUACACAGGACAGUCAUACUUUGUUUUUUAAUUUCACAUUAAUUUCCAUAUUGUAUAAACGACUGGAAAAAACUUGAGCCCCUGCCCCUGUAUUAUCAUGUGCACGUCCCUGUUCUAGCUCCAAGGUGAAUCUUCACUGCUCAUGUUCUCCUCAGAAGCAGUCACCUCACUCCCCUCAGGUUACUGUACACAUGCACCAACUGCCUGCUUCAGGUUUGGAUGGAGCUUCAUGGUUGUCUUUUGGAGAAAUGAGCAGUCAAGUUGUGUUUGAAAUUUGAUUUUUUUCAGGGGCAAAAGGAAGCCUCUGCAUUCUUGUCAAAUAUGUAAAUAGCAUGUUUUUGCAGGUGCUAAAAAACAGACUCUGAGUGUGUGUGUGUGUGUGCGUGUGUGUGUGUGUGUGUGUCUGUGUGUGUGUGUGUGUGUGUAUCCUGCAGUACUCUGAGAAGAAUAAUAAGCAUAUUUCUGAGGUGAAUUUUGAAGAUUCAUCUGAGAGUUAGGUUUGAUUCGAUUCGAUUGACGCUCCCCAGCGUUCAAGUCACAUGACAUAUUUAACCGGAUGUAGCUGCAAGUCGGAGCCUCGUUAACUCUCCGUUUCAACUUAUCUCAAAAGUGAGGACCUCAACCUAUAUACCAGUUUUUAAAUUGUGUUGAUAGGCCAAAUAAAACCAGAGUUAUGAUAAAUUAUGUCCGCGAUACUUUUUUUCUGCUUAUUUUGAUCACGUUCGGCGCUCGAUCGCGCUGUAUGAGACAGGAAAACAUAGCAUGCACACAUUAGCGACAGGUCUUACAGGCGGAAAAGGCUUGCCAAAAGAAAAAAAAAAACACACCACAACAUCUCUCCUAUUGGUGGAAAACUUCACCACAACAACCAAUCCAAAAUUAUAUGGUGACUGAUUGACAAGGGGCGGGCGCUUACGUUCUUCCUGCAACAUGAGAAGGGAGGGAGGGACUCUCAGCAGGGAUGCAGUCUGGGACACGUAGUUGCAAACCUAGCGACUUUGUUGUUAGAUUCAAUGACUUUUCAGACCCCCUAACGACUUUUUUUUAGAAAGAAAGGGACUUUUAUCGACUUCUUCUGGAGUUUAGAGACUCUGACAUGAAGCAGGCUUUCCUUACUGAGGAGUUAGCAAUGCUGCUAAGGGUGCAGAGCCACACAUGCGCUCAGAGCUCUGCAUGGGAGACUGAAGCUGACAGAGCUGCAGCAGUUAGCAGGUUUCACCCUCAGAGACCACCAGGGGUUCAUGUUGAGGCAUUUUCAGUUUUUGUUUUUUUUGCCAUAGACUGUCAGCACAAUCUGCAGUUACACUAACAAAAAUGCUGCAAAAAACAAAGAAUUAUGGAAAAAUUACACAUGGACUGACAUAGAGGAGGAUCUACACAAGUUUUUUACAUCAUGUUUUACAUCAUGCAUCAUUUACAUCAUGUUUUUUUGUAGUGGCAUAAAUAAAAAGUGACAUUUGUGAGACUAUACAGUGUUUUGUAAAUAAUUUUACAAAGAACGCCUGGGCCAUUGCCUGCAUUUUGAUGUAAAUAGAGGUAAAUUACUAUGUUCUUUGUUAAAAAUUUGCAUAUGUUUUGAAGUUUACAAUUUUUAUUUGAAGUUAAAUUUUUAAAAACAGUUCAUCACACAUAUUUGUGGUUUAAUUUCACAUUAAUUUCCAUAUUGUAUAAAUGACUGGAAAAAACUUGAGCCCCUGCCCCUGUAUAAUCAUGUGCACGUCCCUGUUCUAGCUCCAAGGUGAAUCUUCACUGCUCAUGUUCUCCUCAGAAAUAGUCACCUCACUCCCCUCAGGUUACUGUACACAUGCACCAACUAUCUGCUUCAGGUUUGGAUGGAGCUUCAUGGUUGUCUUUUGGAGAAAUCAACAGUCAAGUUGUGUUUGAAAUCUGAUUUUUUUCAGGGGCAAAAGGAAGCCUCUGCAUUCUUGUCAAAUAUGUAAACAGCAUGUUUUUGCAGGUGCUAAAAAACAGACUCUGAGUGUGUGUGUGUGUGUGUGUGUGUGUGUGUGUAUGUGUGUGUAUCCUGCAGUACUCUGUACUCCUGCAGUGGCCAAAAAGACUUUUAAGAAUGUGGAUUUUUGGGUCAUCUUUGGCGCCCCCUAGAAAUGCAGUACUCUGUACUCCUGCAGUGGCCAAAAUGACUUUUAAGAAUGUGGAUAUUUGGGUCAUCUUUGGCGCCCCCUAGAACGUAAACCGUGGGGUGCAGCGUCAUGAUUUUUACAACUUUGAAUGGCCAUGGGGUGUAGAUUGGCCUGAGCAAAUUUGGUGUCAGUGGGACGAAAGCCUUAGGAGGAGAUAGCCACAUUCCAAUGUGUGCGAAUCGGCAAAAAAUGCGAAAUAGCCCUUUAACCAUACAUUAUACAGAUACGCGCUUUUUGACUUUUUUGUAGAUCUUAUUGAGAUACAUGUGAUUGUCAAAUUUUGUGUCAAUAUGAUAAAGCGUACAGGCGUGACAGUCAAUAGUGUGAAUUUCCACCUUAGGGGACAAGAAAAAAUUGACUUUUUUCUCCUGCCAUGGGGGGGCGCUCUUUUGGGGAGUAAAAAUUCCUUCACAAAUGUGUUGAUGGCUGGACAUUGCAUCAUCCUAGAAAACUUGGAGGCCAGUGAGGACAAAAAUAAAAAGUUAUAAGACUUUUAAAUAUGUGGAUUUUAGGGUUAUCUUUGGCGCCCCCUAGAACCUAAACCGUGGGGUGCAGCGUCAUGAUUUGAAUAACUUUUAAUGGCCAUGGGGUGUAGAUUGGCCUGAGCAAAUGUGGUGCCGGUGGAACGAAAGCCUUCGGAGGAGUUAGCGAAAUUCCAAUGUGUGCGGAUCGGCAAAAAAUGCGGAAUAACCCUUUAACCGUACAUUUGACAGAUACGCGCGCAUUGACUUUUUCGUAGAUCUUAUUGAGAUACAUGUGUGUGUCAAUUUUUGUGUCAUUUUGCCAAAGCGUACAGGUGUUACACUCAACAAUGUGUAUUUUCACCUUAGGGGACAAGAAAAAAUGGACUUUUUUCUCCUGCCAUGGGGGGGCGCUCUUUUGGGGAGUAAAAAUUCCUUCACAAAUGUGUUGAUGGCUGGACAUUGCAUCAUCCUAGAAAACUUGGAGGCCAGUGAGGGCAAAAAUAAAAAGUUAUAAGACUUUUAAAUAUGUGGAUCUUAGGGUUAUCUUUGGCGCCCCCUAGAACCUAAACCGUGGGGUGCAGCAUCAUGAUUUGAAUAACUUUUAAUGGCCAUGGGGUGUAGAUUGGCCUGAGCAAAUGUGGUGCCGGUGGAACGAAAGCCUUCGGAGGAGUUAGCGAAAUUCCAAUGUGUGCGGAUCGGCAAAAAAUGCGAAAUAACCCUUUAACCGUACAUUUGACAGAUACGCCCGCACUGACUUUUUUGUAGAUCUUAUUGAGAUACAUGUGUGUGUCAAUUUUUGUGUCAUUUUGACAAAGCGUACAGGCGUGACAGUCAAUAGUGUGAAUUUUCACCUUAGGGGGCGCUAUGGAGCCAUUUUGCAUUUUCUUGUUUGGGCGACUUCGGAAUAUCAAAUUUUUCACCAGGCCCGGUCGUCCUGCCAAAUUUCAUGAGUUUUCGCCAGUGGGAAGUGGGCCAUUUUCCAGUUCAAAGGGGAGGAAAAAUAAUAACUAGGGCCCCGUUGGGGCACUGGCGGGCCCGAGCCGCGUUGCGCCGCCCCCAGUGCGACCGCCUCCCCCUCCCGAUCGCGUCACACUCAAGGUCCAAAGUUGGUGUGCGCACUUGUCUGUGGUCUUUUCCCAUUAUAAUGAAUGGGAGGCGCAGUUUCUACCAAAACACUCGCUGCAGACAAACUACAUGUCCUAUUUGAAAAAAGUCUGGACCAUGAGUGAGGGCACAAACACAGCUAGGAUAUAUCCAAACGGCAAGUUGCUCCUCGUUACGGUGUUGCCGGGAGAGCGAUGCGAUUGAGCCAUUGAAUGAUGGGCAGGAAAAACUUGACUGUUUCUCCUGCCAUGGGGGAUGGGGGAUGGGGGAUGGGGGGGAGGGAUGUGGAUUCUUUUAAGAAUGUGGAUAUUUGGGUCAUCUUUGGCGCCCCCUAGAACGUAAACCGUGGGGUGCAGCGUCAUGAUUUUUAAAACUUUGAAUGGCCAUGGGGUGUAGAUUGGCCUGAGCAAAUUUGGUGUCAUUGGGACGAAAGCCUUAGGAGGAGUUAGCCACAUUCCAAUGUGUGCGAAUCGGCAAAAAAUGCAAAAUAGCCCUUUAACCGUACAUUUUACAGAUACGCGCGCAUUGACUUUUUCGUAGAUCUUAUUGAGAUACAUGUGUGUGUCAAUUUUUUGUGUCAAUAUGACAAAGCAUACAGGUAUGACAGUCAACAAUGUGUAUUUUCACCUUAUGGGACAAGAAAAAAUGGACUUUUUUCUCCUGCCAUGGGGGGGGCGCUCUUUUGGGGAGUAAAAAUUCCUUCACAAAUGUGUUGAUGGCUGGACAUUGCAUCAUCCUAGAAAACUUGGAGGCCAGAGAGGACAAAAAUAAAAAGUUAUAAGACUUUUAAAUAUGUGGAUUUUAGGGUUAUCUUUGGCGCCCCCUAGAACCUAAACCGUGGGGUGCAGCGUCAUGAUUUGAAUAACUUUUAAUGGCCAUGGGGUGUAGAUUGGCCUGAGCAAAUGUGGUGCCGGUGGAACGAAAGCCUUCGGAGGAGUUAGCGAAAUUCCAAUGUGUGCGGAUCGGCAAAAAAUGCGCAAUAACCCUUUAACCGUACAUUUGACAGAUACGCCAGCACUGACUUUUUUGUAGAUCUUAUUGAGAUACAUGUGUGUGUCAAUUUUUGUGUAAUUUUGACAAAGCGUACAGGCGUGACAGUCAAUAGUGUGAAUUUUCACCUUAUGGGACAAGAAAAAAUGGACUUUUUUCUCCUGCCAUGGGGGGCGCUCUUUUGGGGAGUAAAAAUUCCUUCACAAAUGUGUUGAUGGCUGGACAUUGCAUCAUCCUAGAAAACUUGGAGGCCAGUGAGGGCAAAAAUAAAAAGUUAUAAGACUUUGAAAUAUGUGGAUUUUAGGGUUAUCUUUGGCGCCCCCUAGAACCUAAACCGUGGGGUGCAGCGUCAUGAUUUGAAUAACUUUUAAUGGCCAUGGGGUGUAGAUUGGCCUGAGCAAAUGUGGUGCCGGUGGAACGAAAGCCUUCGGAGGAGUUAGCGAAAUUCCAAUGUGUGCGGAUCGGCAAAAAAUGCGCAAUAACCCUUUAACCGUACAUUUGACAGAUACGCCCGCACUGACUUUUUUGUAGAUCUUAUUGAGAUACAUGUGUGUGUCAAUUUUUGUGUCAUUUUGACAAAGCGUACAGGCGUGACAGUGAAUAGUGUGAAUUUCCACCUUAGGGGGCGCUAUGGAGCCAUUUUGCAUUUUAUUGUUUGGGCGACUUCAGAAUAUCGAAUUUUUCACCAGGCCCGGUCGUCCUGCCAAAUUUCAUGAGUUUUCGCCAGUGGGAAGUGGGCCAUUUUCCAGUUCAAAGGGGAGGAAAAAUAAUAAUAAUAACAAAAGAAGGAAACUACAGGAACAAGAGGGCUCUCGCAGCUGCUUAGCAGCUACGCUCGGGCCCUAACUAGGGCCCCGGUGGGGCACUGUCGGGCCCGAGCCGCGUUGCGCCGCCCCCAGCGCGACCGCCUCCCCCUCCCGAUCGCGUCACACUCAAGGUCCAAAGAUGGUGUGCGCACUUGUCUGUGGUCAUUUCCCAUUAAAAUGAAUGGGAGGCGCAGUUUCUACCAAAACACUCGCUGCAGACAAACUACAUGUCCUAUUUGAAAAAAGUCUGGACCAUGAGUGAGGGCACAAACACAGCUAGGAUAUAUCCAAAUGGCAGAUUGCUCCUCCUUACGGUGUUGCCGGGAGAGCGAUGCGAUUGAGCCAUUGAGUGAUGGGCAGGAAAAACUUGACUGUUUCUCCUGCCAUGGGGGAUGGGGGAUGGGGGGGGGGGAUGUGGAUUCUUUUAAGAAUGUGGAUUUUUGGGUCAUCUUUGGCGCCCCCUAAAACGUAAACCGUGGGGUGCAGCGUCAUGAUUUUUACAACUUUGAAUGGCCAUGGAGUGUAGAUUGGCCUGAGCAAAUUUGGUGUCAGUGGGACGAAAGCCUUAGGAGGAGUUAGCGAAAUUCCAAUGUGUGCGAAUCGGCAAAAAAUGCAAAAUAGCCCUUUUACCGUACAUUUUACAGAUACGCGCUCUUUGACUUUUUCGUAGAUCUAAUUGAGAUACACAUGAUUGUCAAUUUUUGUGUCAUUUUGCCAAAGCGUACAGGCGUGACACUCAACAAUGUGUAUUUUCACCUUAGGGGACAAGAAAAAAUGGACUUUUUUCUCCUGCCAUGGGGGGGCGCUCUUUUGGGGAGUAAAAAUUCCUUCACAAAUGUGUUGAUGGCUGGACAUUGCAUCAUCCUAGAAAACUUGGAGGCCAGUGAGGACAAAAAUAAAAAGUUAUAAGACUUUUAAAAAUGUGGAUUUUUGGGUUAUCUUUGGCGCCCCCUAGAACGUAAACCGUGGGGUGCAGCGUCAUGAUUUGAAUAACUUUUAAUGGCCAUGGGGUGUAGAUUGGCCUGAGCAAAUGUGGUGCCGGUGGAACGAAAGCCUUCGGAGGAGUUAGCGAAAUUCCAAUGUGUGCGGAUCGGCAAAAAAUGCGAAAUAACCCUUUAACCGUACAUUAGACAGAUACGCGCGCAUGGACUUUUUUGUAGAUCUUAUUGAGAUACAUGUGUGUGUCAAUUUUUGUGUCAUUUUGACAAAGCGUACAGGCGUGACAGUCAAUAGUGUGAAUUUUCACCUUAGGGGACAAGAAAAAAUGGACUUUUUUCUCCUGCCAUGGGGGGCGCUCUUUUGGGGAGUAAAAAUUCCUUCACAAAUGUGUUGAUGGCUGGACAUUGCAUCAUCCUAGAAAACUUGGAGGCCAGUGAGGGCAAAAAUAAAAAGUUAUAAGACUUUUAAAAAUGUGGAUUUUUGGGUUAUCUUUGGCGCCCCCUAGAACGUAAACCGUGGGGUGCAGCGUCAUGAUUUGAAUAACUUUUAAUGGCCAUGGGGUGUAGAUUGGCCUGAGCAAAUGUGGUGCCGGUGGAACGAAAGCCUUCGGAGGAGUUAGCGAAAUUCCAAUGUGUGCGGAUCGGCAAAAAAUGCAAAAUAACCCUUUAACCGUACAUUAGACAGAUACGCGCGCAUGGACUUUUUUGUAGAUCUUAUUGAGAUACAUGUGUGUGUCAAUUUUUGUGUCAUUUUGACAAAGCGUACAGGCGUGACAGUCAAUAGUGUGAAUUUCCACCUUAGGGGGCGCUAUGGAGCCAUUUUGCAUUUUAUUGUUUGGGCGACUUCAGAAUAUCGAAUUUUUCACCAGGCCCGGUCGUCCUGCCAAAUUUCAUGAGUUUUCGCCAGUGGGAAGUGGGCCAUUUUCCAGUUCAAAGGGGAGGAAAAAGAAGAAAGAAAGAAAGAAAGAAACAAAGAAAAACCCCUUGGGGAAUAAUAGGGCCUACGCCCGGCUGCUCUGCAGCUGGCUCGGGCCCUAAUAACAAAAGAAGGAAACUACAGGAACAAGAGGGCUCUCGCAGCUGCUUAGCAGCUACGCUCGGGCCCUAAUAAUAACACUAGGGCCCCGUUGGGGCACUGGCGGGCCCGAGCUGUGUCGCCCCCCCCCCCCCCCCCCCAACGCGCUGCCUCCCCGUCCCAUUCGCGUCCUCUGGCCAUCGUCCUCUCUGGUAACGCCCAUCACUGCAAAGACCCUUUUCCUUCAUCGGCGUUUGCUGUUCUUCCUGCCAGUGCGUGUUGCUUUCACUUACACUUGCCACAGCCAGCCUUGUGAGUGCCUAGCCUAUUGGAUAUCACUGUCACCUACACAGGACAGUCAUUACCUUUCUAUUAAUACUUUGUUUUUUAAUUUCACAUUAAUUUCCAUAUUGUAUAAACGACUGGAAAAAACUUGAGCCCCUGCCCCCGUAUAAUCAUGUGCACGUCCCUGUUCUCGCUCCAAGGUGAAUCUUCACUGCUCAUGUUCUCCUCAGAAGCAGUCACCUCACUCCCCUCAGGUUACUGUACACAUGCACCAACUGCCUGCUUCAGGUUUGGAUGGAGCUUCAUGGUUGUCUUUUGGAGAAAUGAGCAGUCAAGUUGUGUUAGAAAUUUGAUUUUUUUCAGGGGCAAAAGGAAGCCUCUGCAUUCUUGUCAAAUAUGUAAAUAGCAUGUUUUUGCAGGUGCUAAAAAACAGACUCUGAGUGUGUGUGUGUGUGUGUGUGUGUGUGUGUGUGUCUGUGUGUGUGUGUGUCUGUGUGUGUGUAUCCUGCAGUACUCUGUACUCCUGCAGUGGCCAAAACGACUUUUAAGAAUGUGGAUAUUUGGGUCAUCUUUGGCGCCCCCUAGAACGUAAACCAUGGGGUGCAGCGGCAUGAUUUUUACAACUUUGAAUGGCCAUGGGGUGUAGAUUGGCCUGAGCAAAUUUGGUGUCAGUGGGACGAAAGCCUUAGGAGGAGUUAGCCACAUUCCAAUGUGUGCGAAUCGGCAAAAAAUGCAAAAUAGCCCUUUAGCCGUACAUUUUACAGAUACGCGCCCAUUGACUUUUUCGUAGAUCUUAUUGAGAUACACGUGUGUGUCAAAUUUUUUGUCAAUACGACAAAGCGUACAGGCGUGACACUCAACAAUGUGUAUUUUCACCUUAGGGGACAAGAAAAAAUGGACUUUUUAUUCCUGCCAUGGGGGGCGCUCUUUUGGGGAGUAAAAAUUCCUUCACAAAUGUGUUGAUGGCUGGACAUUGCAUCAUCCUAGAAAACUUGGAGGCCAGUGAGGACAAAAAAAAAAAUUUAUAAAACUUUUAAGAAUGUGGAUUUUUGGGUUAUUUUUGGCGCCCCCUAGAACCUAAACCAUGGGGUGCAGCAUUAUGAUUUGUACAACUUUGAAUGGCCAUGGAGUGUAGAUUGGCCUGAGCAAAUGUGGUGCCGGUGGAACGAAAGCCUUCGGAGGAGUUAGCGAAAUUCCAAUGUGUGCGGAUCUGCAAAAAAUGCAAAAUAACCCUUUAACCGUACAUUUGACAGAUACGCCCGCACUGACUUUUUUGUAGAUCUUAUUGAGAUACAUGUGUGUGUCAAUUUUUGUGUCAAUAUGACAAAGCGUACAGGCGUGACAGUCAAUAGUGUGAAUUUUCACCUUAGGGGGCGCUAUGGAGCCAUUUUGCAUUUUCUUGUUUGGGCGACUUCAGAAUAUCGAAUUUUUCACCAGGCCCGGUCGUCCUGCCAAAUUUCAUGAGUUUUCGCCAGUGGGAAGUGGGCCAUUUUCCAGUUUAAAGCGGAGGAAAAAUAAUAACUAGGACCCCGUUGGGGCACUGGCGGGCCCGAGCCGUGUCCCGCCCCCCCAACGUGCUGCCUCCCCGUCCCAUUUGUGUCCUCUGGCCAUCGCCCUCUCUGGUAACGCCCAUCACUGCAAAGACCCUUUUCCUUCAUCGGCGUUUGCUGUUCUUCCUGCCAGUGCGUGUUGCUUUCACUUACACUUGCCACAGCCAGCCUCGUGAGUGCCUAGCCUAUUCGAUAUCACUGUCACCUACACAGGACAGUCAUUACCUUUCUAUUAAUACUUUGUGUUUUAAUUUCACAUUAAUUUCCAUAUUGUAUAAACGACUGGAAAAAACUUGAGCCCCUGCCCCUGUAUAAUCAUGUGCAUGUCUCUGUUCUAGCUCCAAGGUGAAUCUUCACUGCUCAUGUUCUCCUCAGAAGCACUCACCUCACUCCCCUCAGGUUACUGUACACAUGCACCAACUGCCUGCUUCAGGUUUGGAUGGAGCUUCAUGGUUGUCUUUUGGAGAAAUGACCAGUCAAGUUGUGUUUGAAAUUUGAUUUUUUUCAGGGGCAAAAGGAGCCUCUGCAUUCUUGUCAAAUAUGUAAAUAGCAUGUUUUUGCAGGUGCUAAAAACCAGACUCUGAGUGUGUGUGUGUGUGUGUGUGUGUGUGUGUGUGUGUGUGUGUGUGUGUGUGUGUGUGUGUGCGUGUGUGUGUGUCUGUGUGUGCGUUCAAGUCACAUGACAUAUUUAACCGGAUGUAGCUGCAAGACGGAGCCUCGUUGACUCUCCGUUUCAACUUAUCUCAAAAGUGAGGACCUCAACCUAUAUACCAGUUUUUAAAUUGUGUUGAUAGGCCAAAUAAAACCAGAGUUAUGAUAAAUUAUGUCCGCGAUACUUUUUUUCUGCUUAUUUUGAUCACGUUCGGCGCUCGAUCGCGCUGUAUGAGACAGGAAAACAUAGCAUGCAGACAUUAGCGACAGGUCUUACAGGCGGAAAAGGCUUGCCAAAAGAAAAAAAAAACACACCACAACAUCUCUCCUAUUGGUGGAAAACUUCACCACAACAACCAAUCCAAAAUUAUAUGGUGACUGAAUGACAAGGGGCGGGCGCUUACGUUCUUCCUGCAACAUGAGAAGGGAGGGAGGGACUCUCAGCAGGGAUGCAGUCUGGGACACGUAGUUGCAAACCUAGCUACUUUGUUGUUAGAUUCAAUGACUUUUCAGACCCCCUAACGACUUUUUUAGAAAGAAAGGGACUUUUAUCGACUUCUUCUGGAGUUUAGAGACUCUGACAUGAAGCAGGCUUUCCUUACUGAGGAGUUAGCAACGCUGCUGAGGGUGCAGAGCCACACAUGCGCUCAGAGCUCUGCAUGGGAGACUGAAGCUGACAGAGCUGCAGCAGUUAGCAGGUUUCACCCUCAGAGACCACCAGGGGUUCAUGUUGAGGCAUUUUAAUUUUUUUUUUUUUUUGUGCCAUAGACACUGUCAGCACAAUCUGCAGUUACACUAACAAAAAUGCUGCAAAAAACAAAGAAUUAUGGAAAAAUUACACAUGGACUGACAUAGAGGAGGAUCUACACAAGUUUUUUACAUCAUGUUUUACAUCAUGCAUCAUUUACAUCAUGUUUUUUUGUAGUGGCAUAAAUAAAAAGUGACAUUUGUGAGACUAUACAGUGUUUUGUGAAUAAUUUUACAAAGAACGCCUGGGCCAUUGCCUGCAUUUUGAUGUAAAUAGAGGUAAAUUACUAUGUUCUUUGUUAAAAAUUUGCAUAUGUUUUGAAGUUUACAAUUUUUAUUUGAAGUUUAAGUUUUAAAAACAGUUCAUCACACAUAUUUGUGGUUUAAUUUCACAUUAAUUUCCAUAUUGUAUAAAUGACUGGAAAAAACUUGAGCCCCUGCCCCUGUAUAAUCAUGUGCACGUCCCUGUUCUAGCUCCAAGGUGAAUCUUCACUGCUCAUGUUCUCCUCAGAAAUAGUCACCUCACUCCCCUCAGGUUACUGUACACAUGCACCAACUAUCUGCUUCAGGUUUGAAAUGGAGCUUCAUGGUUGUCUUUUGGAGAAAUGAACAGUCAAGUUGUGUUUGAAAUUUGAUUUUUUUCAGGGGCAAAAGGAAGCCUCUGCAUUCUUGUCAAAUAUGUAAACAGCAUGUUUUUGCAGGUGCUAAAAAACAGACUCUGAGUGUGUGUGUGUGUGUGUGUGUGUGUGUGUGUGUGUGUGUGUGUGUGUAUAUGUGUGUGUAUCCUGCAGUACUCUGUACUCCUGCAGUGGCCAAAAAGACUUUUAAGAAUGUGGAUUUUUGGGUCAUCUUUGGCGCCCCCUAGAACUGCAGUACUCUGUACUCCUGCAGUGGCCAAAAUGACUUUUAAGAAUGUGGAUUUUUGGGUCAUCUUUGGUGCCCCCUAGAACGUAAACCGUGGGGUGCAGCGUCAUGAUUUUUACAACUUUGAAUGGGCAUGGGGUGUAGAUUGCCCUGAGCAAAUUUGGUAUCGGUGGGACGAAAGCCUUAGGAGGAGAUAGCCACAUUCCAAUGUGUGCGAAUCGGCAAAAAAUGCGAAAUAGCCCUUUAACCGUACAUUAUACAGAUAUGAGCUUUUUGACUUUUUCGUAGAUCUAAUUGAGAUACACGUGAUUGUCAAUUUUUGUGUCAAUAUGACAAAGCGUUCAGGCAUGACACUCAACAAUGUGUAUUUUCAUGUAAGGGGACAAGAAAAAAUUGACUUUUUUCUCCUGCCAUGGGGGGGCGCUCUUUUGGGGAGUAAAAAUUCCUUCACAAAUGUGUUGAUGGCUGGACAUUGCAUCAUCCUAGAAAACUUGGAGGGCAGUGAGGACAAAAAUAAAAAGUUAUAAGACUUUUAAGAAUGUGGAUUUUGGGUUAUCUUUGGCGCCCCCUAGAACGUAAACCGUGGGGUGCAGCGUCAUGAUUUGUACAACUUUUAAUGGCCAUGGGGGGUAGAUUGGCCUGCGCAAAUGUGGUGCCAGUCGAACGAAAGCCUUCGGAGGAGUUAGCGAAAUUCCAAUGUGUGCAGAUCUGCAAAAAAUGCAAAAUAACCCAUUAACCGUACAUUUGACAGAUACGCCCGCACUGACUUUUUUGUAGAUCUUAUUGAGAUACAUGUGUGUGUCAAUUUUUGUGUCAAUAUGACAAAGCGUACAGUCGUCAUGUGAAUUUUCACCUUAGGGGGCGCUAUGGAGCCAUUUUGCAUUUUAUUGUUUGGGCGACUUCAGAAUAUCGAAUUUUUCACCAGGCCCGGUCGUCCUGCCAAAUUUCCUGAGUUUUCGCCAGUGGGAAGUGGGCCAUUUUCCAGUUUAAAGCGGAGGAAAAAUAAUAACGAAAGAAGGAAACAUGCAGGAACAAGAGGGCUCUCGCAGCUGCUUAGCAGCUACGCUCGGGCCCUAAUAAUAAUAACAAAAGAAGAAUCCAUCAGGAACAAGAGGGCUCUCGCAGCUGCUUAGCAGCUACGCUCGGGCCCUAAAGAAACAAAGAAAAACCACUUGGGGAAUAAUAGGGCUCUCGCAGCUGCUUAGCAGCUACGCUCGGGCCCUAAAGAUAGAAUCUACAGCAGCUGAGGCGGUGUGAGUGACUAUACCGUAAGUGUUGUAAAAACAGGAAUUAAGAUAAUAUCAACCUGACCAAUUAAGGCUUGUUUUCUGUGCUGCUUUAAUGCAAGGUUUCAUUUGUAAAGAGAUGCACAUCAGGCGGCUGUAUGCUAAGGUCUAGAUUGGAUGCAGACGUUUAAAUCAGGCCUGAGUGUGAAGAUGGACUCAUGAAGAAGAUUGAAAAUGAAGAUAGUCAUAGCCAAAGGUCCUUUUUUUAUCAACAUGUAAACAAAUGCACAGCUUCUGAAGAAGAAUCGGCACUGUGCUGGUGCCUCUUUGGUGAUGGCUGCUUUAUCGGAGGCAUUAAACAAUCUCUUUUAAUAUACUGUAAGCAGAAACAGCUGAAGAGUAAUUUUGCUAAAGAACCCUCCAGAGUGGAGUAGGUGCUUUUCUUUCUUUUCCCAGCCCUGAGACACAAAAUAACUUGCCAACUUUGCACUCGGGGGAAGGGGUGGGGGGUUCCACACAUUUUGAAAGGAGGACACUGAAGGGUCCUCUGUCUCUGGCUUACUUUUCUCAGUGUGUAAGGGAAUUGAGGGUGGAUGGAAACAAUUCGAAGGGAAAAGAGAGGAAAUCUAGAGUCGAAUUGUGAAUUCAGGACCUCAAAGGGAGGGUGGAAAACCAGCAUUUUGUUAGAACACAUCAGUCAGCUGUUACAAAUCCUCCUUUCUGUGUAUCUGACAUUUAAUUUCACACAUGCAGUCAGGCACUCUGACUGACAAUGGACAGUUUUCUGGAAAGUAGAUUUACAGUCAGCCUUCAAAGCAGACUGCUGCAUGUAUGGCUGCGUUGUAUCCAAUCACACUGCAGAAGGGUUCGUGAACACUAAGUGACCUUCUCUAUACCACUUCUUUAAUGAAAGAUUAUAGGACCCCUUGAGGGCUAAGAUCCUGGGGUCGUGCUCAGUUCAUAGUGGAGAAGUUCCUGUAAAGGGUGCAUUAAGAUAGGUUGGAUAUAAGUGACAUGCAACAAGAUAAGCAUUCUUUUUCCUUCCAUUUGUGCCCACCGUAAUGAAUGUAAGUUCAUUACUUGCUCUCUUUUUAUUCACUCUCUCUCUCUUUUGUUAAAAGAUAUUUCUCGGCGGCUGGUGAAAAGGCUUAUUAGAGCAGAAACAGUGAGCUUAUAGUCACAAAUAGGCAACACAAACAUGAGGAGAGCUGCAGUUGUGGGUUAUAAACUGUUAUUUUUUCUACCUCAUUAAUUAGUCAACUUUUUAUCACCUUCAGUUGUGUCACUUUAUCAGCGAGUGUUCACACACCGUAAGAUUCAGGCAGCUUUAAAGCUAAUGAAACAAUUUUUUUCCAUCUAAUUUUGGCUUAUUGGAGCACGUUUGAAAACAUGAUCAAUGCUGUUAUAUUUCAGAGCCGGACAGUGUGAAACAUCUAUUUUUGAAAGCUGUCAGAACAAGAUUAGAACAGGUUAUUAUUAUACUUACUUCCCAAGAGACCUUUUGAGGCAUAAAGAGCUUUUUUUUUCCCAGAUGCUGUUAUGAGGUUUGGUUCCAACACUUAAAUCUCUUUUUAGUGCGCUAAUUUUUGACACAGUACAAUUAUAGCAUCCACGGCAGAUGGCCAGUUUCAUUGCUUUGUUGGCAGUUAUUAUAAGGGAUUACACAAUAUUAAAAUGAUAGUGUUACAGAUUUCAGUUUCACAGAUAUGCUUUGCUUACAAAAACAGAGAAAAACAAAAACUUUGAAUAUACUAUCUAGACCCUGAAAGGAUCUACAGAGGCUGAGGUAUCUGCUACAUAUUAAAGACCCACUCGGAUGAAAAUUAUGUUUUUCUUGUUGUCUACAUGUUCAUAUGUGUAGCACUUGUGCUGACACAAUUUAGUGGAUGUAGAUAUGGUUUGAUGUAUAAUAUUGGGCUUUUGACCAGAAGAAGUAGAGAACGCUCAGGGAAGGAGUGGACACGAGACUGAGUGUUGCUUUUAAAAUGGUACCAUAUAUUAAAGCAAGCAGAUAAUAACCACAGUGCAAUUAUUUACAGUGACAUACAAGGACAUACAUAACAUGGAAAUGAUAAUAGAAGUACAGUGCAAUAAAUCAGUGAAGUCAGACAAUGUAAAUCAGUUCAAUCAGUUAGUCAAACAACGCGAUGAUCAAAUAAGUAAUGGGCACUUGGCCACCAACAGUUCCUCACAACACAAAAACCCACGUCUGGGUGGAAAGGUGUGAGUCCAGAGGAUUGGAGGAAAAGUGUAAAUGUUGGGUGGAGUGUGUGUGUGUGUGUGUCCGGAUUGAUGGGCUGUACAGUGGGGUGAGAGUGUUGCGGCUACAAGGAGCCCCUACCAGCCUGGCAGGAGAGAUGUGGGCUUCCUGGGUCUGUAGGUCACUUCCUUUAAGCUCGCCAUCUAAAAUCUGAGAACCUGGCCUGUAAAGCCAGGGUUCAAGUAAACCACAAUGUCACAAUCAAUAUACAUUGCUUGAAUUUCAGUGUAUACACAUGUCUUUUCAAUCAAAGUACUGCAGUUCAAUAUAAUCUCAACAUAAUCAUCAUAAUCCACAAUAAGUAUAGCACUUGCCAUUAGUCCAAAUAAAUGAAAUUUAUUUACAGCAUUUAUAUUAAACACUCAUUUCAUUCAAUACAUUUGAUUCAGGAAUCAAUGUUACAUAUUAGCAAUCACCGUUACAUUUUAGAGUUAAGCAUUGGCAUCAUCCAGCUAACACCAUCCAUUCAUCUGAAUGGAGGUGGCUAAGCUAUCAAGACAAACAAUUCUGCUCACCAGUUCACAGUUCAAUCUUCACAUCUACAGCCCUCCUCAAAUCACCACAGACUAGUAACGGGCUCCUAUGAGUUCAAUAAAGUUUGUUACAUAAAGUUGUCCGUUUGUAUUAGUGAAGAACCAGCGAAAAUGGAUAAAAACCGACCUGUUGCUCAUCUGUCUCCUGCUUCCCCACUGCUUCCUCUCACACUGAAUUGCCGCGGUAUGAUAAACAAACGUGAUUGGCACCGCUGCGUCACAUGCCCACAUGACGUCAUCAAGUACUUCGUUCUGAUUGGCCGAGUGGGCCAGGUAUCGAUCUCGCGAGAACAGGAUCCAAGAAUACCGCGAAAAGAGAAGCAGGAAUUGAAUAUGAUAAACAAUGAGAAGCAGGAGCCGAAUUAUCACCUGGGUUACAGAUGGCAGACUCAGAGAUUGUGUAAGUCACAACUCCAGAACUCUGCUAUGCAGGCCGGACUCAGGAAAGUAGAGAGGAUGUUUGCAGAUGAAGCUUGUGCGUAAGGGGAAUGCAGUGCUAGUAAGAAAGUAACAUUAUUUUGGCUAAAAACUUCAUAAUCACAACUUAAAGACCACUGAUAACUAAAGUAAUAAAAAAAUGAUUGGGAUUCGACUUUAAAAUAAUGAUAACAAAGAUUAACAUUUACUACACCAUCAAUUUCAUUUACCAUGGUUACUGUAUUUCCUCUAAACCGACCAUACUGCUUUGAAAUGUAACCCUGUUGGUCUUUUUAACCGCCUUUAUUAUUGUACAACUGCCGAGAGCAGAUACUGGAGGAGCCGUACAAAGCAAAGUGGAAGAAAGCAUGGAGUUUUUUUUUUCUUUUUUUUUUUAGUGUAUAAGCCUUCUGUUGGCUGCUCUGUGGUGAUAGCUUUCACUCUGCCAUGGUAUUUUAUGCCAAUAGUUCCACUCUGAGGGUGAUACUUAGUCAAAAUUUUAACAAGGGCACAGAGUCCUCAAGUGGAUUCACACAUUUUUUACUCUUGCAAACUGCCUGAGCGUCUUCCUAUCCAGUUUGAAAAAUGUACAUUUCAUUCUCUUGAUCUCACAAUGAACAUGUAACGUCAGGUGUUUAGAUUAGAAUUUAAUUUACAAGUUUUCAGAUUGAUCGAUAGGUAAAUGAAUGAAGACAGAGAGCAGAUAUUAGCAGGAUGGACCGCAUAAUUACUAAGAUGUACAGCACACUCUUUAUUAAAGCUGCAGUCUGCAGGAUGGCAGGGCGUUGGCAGUUCAUGUAUUCCUGAUUACAGAUUAAAGAAAUGCAGAUGGGCAUCAUGCAGCUUGUUAGCACAUAUGUUCAGAUCCCAGCGGCUCGUAUAAUGAGGGCGUGUGCUGAUGUUAGUUAGUGGGUGAAUCACACACUUCUGCAUGAUAAAAAAAAAACUGUGGAGUUCAGUCAAGGCCACUGUGUGAAUGAGGGUUGCUGCUUAAAUGAAUUAGAAAUCCCUCUUUUAUUUCUCUUUUUAUGUCAUUGUACAAUUAUAAACAGAGACUGGGAUUCGACUGCAUUUCCCAGGGAACAGACUGAUUCAGAAAAUGGAUUCACAGUUUCAUAGUUCUAUGCAGCAGCAUCAUUUGGGACUUCUUACAAUAAGAGCACACUCUCUUAUUAAACGUUAAAUAAUGCAUUACUUGCCCUGGGAAGAGCAUCAGUGUAAGUGUAUUUCUCCAUUCUCAUCUUCCUCUUUUCUUUUCUUCAGGAUAAUCUUAAUCUCCUUUUAACAGAGGAGGAGAUGUACAGCCUUAUGGAGACCUUCAAACAGUGCAAGAUCAUUCCAGGUGAGACACACACUCAACGAAUGGAUUAGAUCACAAGUCAGUAGUCAGUGUUUCACUUUCCACAGACAGGAAUGUUUCUGUUGUCGUGUAUACUGUUAGCAUAUAGCUCAAAGCAGUACUGCAUCCACAGCCUGUACAGCCUUUCAGAGGAGCAUGUCUGUGAACUUUUUGGCUUUUUUUCAUAUCCAUAAGCCAUGCUUAGCCUCAUUUUGUUCCUUCUUCGCUCAGCAUAAAAUAAACUCAUGCAUUCCUCGUGAAAAAUGCUGACUUCCCUCUUUCCCCACCAUAUGUUGUUAAAUUGUUAAAGACAGAAGUUGUAACACUCAUCUGCACAUUUCUGUGCAUCUGUUUCCAUCAUGGCCUGAUAAAUUUGACUCAUGUCGUUUCAAACUGUGUCUUUUUUUGUUGGUAAAGCACUUUCCAUCUACCAUCUCUUGAUAACCCCGCCUGAUCUAUCAGACUCCAAAGGAAACAUAGCCAUGAACAGUGAUGGGAGAUAUAUUUAGCUCACAGAGGAGGCGACUGCAAACAUACAAAUGUUCUCAAUAUUAUUGUUAUUGUGUCACAUUUCCCAGUCAAAGUUACAACAUUAUUUGUCAUGCCUACCUCCAAAUGUGUGGUGUUUUUCUGCAGCUUGGAUGGAGUACAAUCAGUAGGAGGUGGUCCUGUCUUAGUAGGGAAUGAGUCACCGCAAGUUAAUAAUAUCUGGAAGACUGCUUGGUGACUAAUUAAGUCUGAUGUGAUGAAUUGUUCCUUGUUGCUGUAGAGUCGUGCCUGGUGUCAGAUGAGCUACUGCAGUACCGCCACUUUGCAUCCAAGCAGCAGUUUGAUAAGGACCUGACUGAUGAGCAAGAAGAGGAAGUAUUGGCUCAGUUUGCAGCUCUGGACCCUGAGAAGAAAGGUCACAUCGAAUGGUCGGACUUCCUCUACUUUGAGUCUUUGUCGAUGUUGAAGAAGUUUCGCACAGAGGUACAGUAGAAGAAGUUGAAUGGAUCAGAAAAUCGAACUUUAAAGCGGCUUAAGAGUUAACAGAAUUUGCAUCAGCAUCCAAUGACAAUUAAUCUGCAAAUAUCCCUUUAUUUAUUUUUUUCUAAUUGCGCAGAUUUUUCUCCCUUAAACCUUGUUCAUACUUAUGUGAAAAAUUAAUGCAUACAACAAAUGCAGAAGCCUAUGUUUGUUGCCUGACAUGCACAGACCACGGUUCAUUGAGUAGUAUCUCAUUUCCUGCAGGAGCAACGUUACUGGCAUCACCACAAAUUUGACGGCUGUCUCCUCUCUUCUCCUUGAGGCAAUAUUAAUGUUAUGAUCAAUACUAAUCAGCUACAACCCCAGCAUCAUGGACUUUAAUUCAGCCUCCAUGGUUGCUGUGUACUAACAAAUAGAGAAUGCAAAAUGUGAAAUGAACCGGGGGGGCUAGCACAAUGACGGUUAAAGAAGUUGCACUGCCCACUAGUGUUUGCACAGUGAUGGAACGCUCCAACACUAGUAAGCAGUGCUCGUUGUUGCUACAGGAUCCAUCCCUGAAACCCGAUUUGUACUGCUCAUGUGCGAAGCGUAAGUCACUUUUUCUCCUUGUAUUUCAAUGCAUCUUACCGUAGUUAGUCGUGUGUACUGCGCUAGCGCAAAUUUGUGUAUGAAACACAUAACCGUUAUCUUUAUUUAACCCCCUUUUAACAAAAAAAAAUAUAUAUAUAUAUAUAUAUAUAUAAAUUGAUUUAAUUAACAAGAAGCCUACACAUUAUGGUCAAUGAAAUAUUGACACUCAUUAUAGCCUUUUAUAACUACGCUGCAAUUUUACAAUUAAGCUCAAAGUAGAAACCUUCACUUGUGUCUCUUUGCAGCACCUGGCUUCAGUCAGGGUGCCAUUUAGGAAAAAAGCACGUAGCUGGUGAUAAACAGAAGCAUCCAUUCUGACUGUAGCAAGCUCGCUGAUGCUCAAGCUGUCGAACAAGUGUCGGAACUGUCACAAACCACUAGGGGCAAAGAGGAAGUGAUGUACGUUUCGCACAUGCGCAGUACAAAUUGGAUUUCUGAGACGGAUCGGGUAGCAACUCUUGUGAUGGCAUUGGCCCCCAUGGUAAAGCAAGGGUUAACAGCAGUAUAAUAUAAACCAGGCUUAACCAUAAAUGCCCCCAACCACCCAGAAAGAAGAUAUCCUUUAAGUUAUGACCAACAGCCAAGAACUGACAUCUAAUUUCAUAAUUCAUGUAAUUUGUGAGAGUCCUCCUUGGAGUUAUAUAAUCCAGUUUCUCCGACUGAUACAGUUUGGAAUGAAACAAAGUUAGAGGAUAUCUGGUUUUGGGCUUCAAGGAUUGGAAGCAGUUUAUUAGACUGAGCCAAUAGUUAAAAAAUCUUUAAAAAUGGAAACUGGGAGAAAAAGACUUUCAAAAGUGUUUCUUUCAGAUAUUCAAACAUUUCCUCACUCACUUGUUUUCUCCUUUUCCCUAUCAUUCUUGCACGCCACGUCUUUUGUUCAUUUAUUUGUACCGAGACACCAACGAAGUGAGUAAUCAGACUCUUAUUGUGUUUAAUUUUUCCAGAACUCACUGGUGCGUGUGCUGACAGCCAAGGAGAGAGAUACCGCACGGUCUGUGUUCAAGGGUCUAACCCAGGAUAAAGACGGGGUGAUCACAAGAGCAGAAUGCCGUCAGGCCCAGCAGUCCUGGUUUCACAAACUCAACAAAGACUCACAGUCCUGUAAUGUGAGGUGAGUGCACUUGAGGAGAGUCAGGAGUUUCUAAUCAGAGUAUUAUAAAAUUUAAAUGUAUGGAACAAGUUUAAGUACUUCGACAAAACUAAAGUAUUCCAUGUUUGGACUGAGAUAAAAGGCAAAUAUCCAUGCACAAGUCUGGCAGGAUGUGGAGCGUGAGGAUCUCAUCAGAAUGCAAACUGCAUCUGGCAGAAGGAAAAAAAGGGUUUGCUGCGUAGGGAAUAGAGACACUUGGAUGGAGUCUGGAAGCAAGAUAACAAGCUGUGCUCUGUUCCUGUUACUUAUGCUUCUUUUUGUAGAGGAAUUUCAGGAUAAAAGUGCCCAUUCCCAUUGCUAUGCUGAUAACACUGUGCUUUUAUCGUCCAGUGUUUCACCAUAUUUUAUAAGGACAGUCCUCUAUGGUUGGAGCACUAAUAUGAGACAAAAGAAAACUUGUUUAAUCAUCAGGAGAUUUCUCUUUGGCUGCAAACACUGAAGAGCUAAACUGAGCUGCACAGAGGCUACAGCAACCACAGCAUCAGAGCCAAAUGAUUAUUACCAACAUUAGCAUCUGCACAAAACCAUCCAAUCACAUUUUGGAAUAGACUUUUGAGAAAUGCGUCUGAGAUGAAUCAAUCACAUCUGUAUUUUAUAACAGGACUGCUGAUCAUUUAAAAACAGAAAUUAAACUCUAGAUGUAAUAAUGAUGUGAUUAAAUGAAUAUUGAUUUUAUUUCAUGUUUCUGCAUAAUUAAACCAACAACCAACAUUACUUUGUAAUAUGUAGCCUGUGAUGAUGAAUACUGUAGAAUUGCCAUCAUUGCGUACACUGAUGAGCUGUCUGGCCAGUGACUUCAUUAUCAUUAUCUCUCAUGUCUCUCAUGGCAUUGCUGCAAUUUGGGCCAAAAUAGACAGCUGUUUUUCAGGGAAGCUGAAAAAACCUGCACCACUACUUACUGCUCAGCUCCAUACAGCAAGUAGUGGCCUUUAGCAGAUUAAAAUAAAUCGCUUUCUCAUGCCAAAGUUGGAAUGGAUCACAUACUGGGCUUGAAAAAGGUGAAUAAUAAACUUAAUUCAUUACAUUUUCACCAUGACAGCUCAAAAAAGAAAAGAGCUACUGCAGGUGCAGAUUGUUUAUCAUCUAGCUAAGAUUGAACGUUGAUGAAUCUGAAAGCCACUUUAAAAUCCGCACCAGCAGACCCCUUUCAAGAAGUAAGGCUUUAAAUCACAACCUGAGGCAAUCAGCUAAUGUACGAUUUCAAUGUACUUUAACCAAUGAGGAAAUCUGAACUAUAUAAGUGAAAAGGCAAAAUGUAGAUUUGCUGAGUCAUCACAACAGAAUAAAUCUUAUGCAAGACAGGCAUGAGUUAUGACAAACAAACUGAAAUGGGAAAGUUGUUGAAGAGCUGAAUGUGCCAGCUGUUGAGUUUUUGGUGCAACAAAGUUCAUUUAAAAGUUGAUGCAGACAUAACUGGUCAGUAACGCUUUCUUUUACAGUACACUUAUUACCAGGUAAUUACCUAUUAAAUUAUCUGGUAAUUACAUGAUAACUACUAAGUCAAUACUGUCUAGUUUGCAGCUCCAUUUUCAAAAGCUAUUUGGGGUUCUUCUUUUCUAUCAUUGACACUUGAUACAGCCUAUGGGCGUGUGAAGAUUGUGUAGCGAUACGCUGUUUGAGCCGAGCAUCAUCACAGCGACUCACCCGCCGAAUGCGUACAAUGCUACUGCGCAAGUGAUGGUUCCAGGAAGCGGAGACAAUCCUGGAAAUACCAGAGCAGUUCAGCUUCAAAUUUGUAUGAUGAUGGAAGGUUACCUACUUGGUAGCUAGACAGUAUUGACUUAGUAGUUAUCAUGUAAUUACCAGAUAAUUUCAUGUUGUUACUAGGUAAUUACCUGUUAAUUACCUGGUAAUAAGUGUACCGUAAAAGAAAGCGUUACCAACUGAUCAGCUGAACCAUUUGGUGACCACCCACACGCAAAAUAAGAAACCCAAGAUAAAUAGUUCUGAACUCUACAAAUUCAGCUGUUAAAUUCAACAUGGACAUUUUUAUGUGUGUGUUCUUGCUAGUGUUGAAAAUAUAAAAAGUUCAUGCAUAAAUCCAGAUAUACCGAAGAGCCUUUGGGAGGUCUGAACCACAUGAACACAUGAGGACAUGUUUGUUUAUAAUGACAUUAAAAAUGCAUGAGUGGCUUUUGUGCAUUGUGGCAAGACUGGAGACAGUUAUUUGUCUGCUUUUGACAAAGGUCAAUAUGAACACUGUUUUGGUCGCCACAUUGACCUUUGCAGAUGCAAUAAAUAGUGACAUCAAGGAAAAACAGAUUUAAGUUUUGCAAACAGGCCUGAUGAUGAACAAUUUUAAUCUGUACUUUCCUUAGAUACAUUUAAAUAACGUGCACAGCAUUGAUGGAGCUGGACGCUUUUGCUUGAAACUUGCUUUUUUCAUUUUUUUGGCUCCUCAGGCAGACUUUGUACAGAGCUGUUUGUGUUUUUUAAUCAAUCACUAUGCAAAACCCAAAAUUGCUACAGGGUUUAGGCACAAUAAAUUCAACGUAUGCACAGCACAAGACAAUCUCACACAACAGCUCUGCAACAAGUAGCUACUACCUUUGUAGAGCCUUUUGUUGAUACUUGAUCAAAGGAGAGACUCCAUAAUGCAAUCCUGUGAAACUCACCACAAGGUGCAGCCAUAAAAGGACCACAAAGUUGAAUCAACUCCUCUUUGAUAAAAUAAUAUCUGAUGUAAAGUCCAAACAUAAUAACCAUCAGAAAGCUGUUUUCUCAGGUGAUUAUUGCCCUGAACGACAUCUAACAGCUGUUGUUUAAAAUUUUUCUUCAACAACACACAAUGAAUUGGAUUAAAAGGGUUGUUUUUUUUCCCAGUUUUUCCCAGACAGACCUCAUCAGUGUGAUAAUGAAGAGAGAAUAAGCUCAGAUUGACUCUGAUGAGGUUACACUUGUUUGCACUCACUGUGUAUUUGUGUGAUAGUGUUUGUGCGUCACUGGUUGAAAGAGUGUUCACAUCCUCUCAUGCAACAAAAAAAUCAAUUCUGAGUGAAUGUCCUGCAUAAAAUGGGACACCGGAUUAAAUGGUCUUUGCACCACACUUAUGUAAGGAUGGGGAUCGAAACCUGGACCAAGAUUUUUCAAAACCGGAAAAUCAAUAACAUAUAAGAUUAUCGAUUCUGCUAUUGAGUCUCGUGGAGAAAACGCAACAUCUCAAGUCCAGUCACAUCAUUCAAAUCAAAUGAGUGGAGCACAAACGUUAACUGUCUAAUUAAGUAUAAGAAUUAUAUUGACUCACCAGCACAAAGGUGUUAAAGUGCCACUCGGAUUGUUUUUUACUACAUACAGUGUUCUCAGUUUUUUUUGCCAAAAUCGCAUUACCUGUGUCAUUUCAACUGUCUGAGACUGAAAAACUCAGCUGACUGUGUUUGCUGCUGCAGCCAUGGUAACCGCAACCAAAGCAGAAAGCCCCAUAAGUUAAAAUCUGUCAGCUAAAGCCAAAGUUGAAAUUAGCUGGUUGAAAACGAGUAAAUUAGUUCAAUGAAGUGGCGUAAGGUUACAUUAUGAUCCAUCCAAGGUUGAGUCACUAAAAUGACGGUAAUGUUGAUAAAAAGUCUUUGCUCUUCUGUUUCCAGUCACGCUACACUGAUGAGGUUCCUGUCACAGCAGAAAUACGUGACUUAUUAAUAAGUAAAAUUAAAACCAGUUCUGUUACAGACACCUGUCCUCUUAGUUUUCCCUUAAAUAAAAUAAAAGACUUGAAAGUGGAUUCAAUAAGAACAUGGAUCAUUAGGAGACUUGGUCAUGGUAUAAACACUGAAAAAAGUCAAUAAUCCCCGUCCUUACAACUGUGUGUUUACUGUUGGUGUAUGUAUGCAUGUAUACAAUCAUCACUGCUCAUAACUUCCUCUGCUGGGAAAUCUCAUCUGCCGUACCUUAUUAUUCCUCUCACCUAUUAAACACAUGGAAACCCUGCAGACUCAUGGGACUCUGCUCUCCUAUGUAUUGUGGGUGAGUGUGACUCAGCACUGCAUGGCUUGUCUGUACCCCCUCCCUUCGACCUCCUCCAGCAUGCUGCAAUCAUCAAGUGUUCUCAGACAACCCCUUCAUUUAGAUUUCAUUAUAUAGCGCUCGCUCUGAAAAAGAUAGAGCCCUCUUGACCUCAAACUGCAGCGCUGCUUUAGAUUCAUGCAGGAAUGAAAGACGCAUGCGACCUUGACUCAGCCUAGAUGCGCAGUACCUGAGCCUUUCAUCGGAUCGGGUCUUGCGUUUUUGAGUUAUGAAUAGGAGUCUGGCUGGCCUCUUACUGUAAGGAUCAUAGAAAUCCUUUUGUUCUCUUAAGGGGAGCUCCUCUUGAAAAGCCUCAGUUAUCACUUUAAGAGGAUGCUGUAGAGCAGCAGGUUGUGAGAGUGCACUGUGAAUAUCAGGUUCACACAUAGGACUAAAAUGCAGGGCUACUCAAGCUCACGCAAAAGCAAAUAUUAAAUGAAUUGGAAAAACUCUCCUGUGUUUGAUCACUGGAUUAUCGGCAUUUCUGACCCCUGAAGUGAGAGUGAAAUGAGGCUUUAAAUGAGGCAUCAGUCGGUAGGUUCAAAUCAGGUCACUCAUUAGGGGUUUUGCUCUCAUCUGCUGUCAGCGUUCCUGCUGAGGCGGUGGGAGAUUUGAUGUGAUUAAAGCGACUUUGAAAGAUGAUGCAGAGAUGUUUGGGUUAAUCACAGUUGGCAGUCGUCAGUUUAGAAAGAUUACAGUGGUCUGUAGGAAUGAAAAAAGAGCAGGUUAUAAAGGUCAAUAUAAACUGUCUGUAAAUGGGAGAAGUAUACUUUAGUAAAUAGCUAUGUUUUAAACUUGUGCUUUGAACCAUUGAACUCUCAAAACGCUUGCAUUAAAAUCACACAUUAAUUAAAAAUCACAAACAAACAGAAGAGUUACCAAGAAACCGGCAAAACCUUUUAAGGAUGAAAAAGUCUGAUUGUUUUUAUCUUAUUCAUGAAUGUCAUGUCCAUAACUGAGUGUUUAAAGAGCUGAAUAUGUAACUCAUUUGUUUGAUUUGUUGCUUUCUCUCUAAUCUUUGCCUCAGUAUAAGUCAUGUUGGCCCCAUAUGUGAGAGCAGUCCAGCCAGCUCUGGCAGUGAAAGGAGCAAGACUGAUGACAACAGGUUUGUCCUCUCAUAUUUUCCUUGAGUUCAUCUAAGGUAGGGGACGUAAUUAUUGAACAGCGCCUUACUAUAAAUCAACCUUGCUCUAAUGGAAAUUGCUGGAAAUUCUUCAGAUCGGCUUUUACCUCUGGUAGUCUUUGUCAACCCACAGUUUCUCUUGUUCGUUAAAGGGAUAUUCUGGCCUAAAUUUAAGUUAUGGUCAAACACGCUGUUGUACCAAAUUAGAAACCCCCUCGAGAGAUGAAUGUUGCUUCUCUUGCUUCUCUAGUUAUAACAACUCCAGCAAUGACCGCACAAUAGCAAUACACAGCAGUCUAUGUCUCCACACGCAAACCUCGACCAAAAAAACACUCUAUAGUCACAAAUAAUGCUCAGAACAGCAUCUAACUUCAUCAACAGGACAUAUAGGGUCACAGCCAUCAAACAUCUUUUUAGCUUUGCCUGAUUUCUUUAGCAAAGAGACUAAACACAACUCACCCACUCUCCUCAAGCAGCCGUUUGUUUGUGGGGGAGUCCUUUCAAGUCGAUCACUGAGUACAGCAUGAAGUCAUAAUCAUAAAUGAUCUUCCUUGAGCUGCGAAACUCCACUGCACUUGGUGAUCGACUCGUCAGGGCUCCCCCCACAAACAAGCUGCUGAUGGAAGCGAGUGGGUAAGUUGUGUCUGAUCUCUUUGCUAAAGAAAUGAGUCAAAGUUAAAAAGAUGUUUGGUGUCUAGUACUAUGUCUGUGACCCUAUAUGUCCUGUUGAUGAAGUUAGGUGCUGUUCUGAGCAUUAUUUGUGGCUAUAGAGUGGCGUUUUGGUUGAGGUUUGCGCGUGGAGACAUAGACUGUUGUCAUCUCUCGAGGGGGUGUCUAACUCGGUGUUAUGGUGUGUUUGACCCUAACUUACUUUUGCGCCGGAAUAUCCCUUUAAAGUUUGCAUAACCUGGUUCACCCUGUUUAAAUAAGACAUAUACUUGUUUCUCUGGAUACAGCUCUUAUGACUGCACUGAAGGUCCUCACUGGUCAAAGCAGUGAAUAUUUCAUAAGCAGCAAGAAUGGGAUACAUUUUGAGUGAAACAUCACCUCCUAUAAAAGUGAAGCACUGCCCCUGCAAAUGACCUGGAACUCACUUUCUAAGUCCUGCCUGAUAAUGGAGACAAAUCCUCUUUGGCAUAUCAUUACUUCUGAGACUUUCCUUCAUGCCCCAUUACAAGAUCUUGCAAUAAUUGAAGCUAAUGCACCAGUACUUCAGCCUGCGAUCCACAGGGAUCCACAAUUACAGAGAACUACACAAGAGAGUCUUAUUAAGUUGAAUGCUAAUUAGCACUAACAUGCUUUGAAAGAGGCCUGACAAACAAUUUUCACGAAGCAUUUUUAAGGAGGAUAAGGCAAAUUAAAGCAAACAGAAGCCAGAAACUCACUGUGAUGAUAUUACCAAGCAACUGUACCAUGUAAUUACUGUGAUUGUGUGCUGAAGUAAAACAUUCUGUGUGGGGAAAUAUGGAGCAGAAACCUCCAGUCUUGAGAAACAAAGAUAGUGUGGAAGUGCUCAAAAUGCAUUUCCUGCACACACACAUAUCCACUUCUGAAAAACCUCUUUACAGCAAAGUUGAACAUUUUUACAACCUAGUGCAAAAGAGGUCGAGGUGUGAAUGGGCCAGUUCUCCAUUCACACACUAUAACUCAUUACUUUUGAAGAUAUUAUGGGUAUAAGUUUUACGUAAUAAAGGUCACUCCUGACUUAAUUUACAAGAGGGCGCACUGUUGCUGUAGAAAGGAGACUAAAGGCCCACCUCAGCUCCACCCUCUUCACCUCUCGCUGGGUCAUCAGACAGUAAGGUUGAGUCAGCAUUAGGAGCCAUCAGAGAACUUCAGAACUCCAUUUCAGGAACCAAAGGGUGACGUCGACAGGGACUCUGUCCAUGUCUUAUGCAGUCUAUGGAUAAUAAAUCCACUCACUACAGACCCUGAAACUCCUUCAGAGGUGAAAUUCCUUAUCUUUUGAGCAGAGAUCAUUAAUAAGAGUCAUUUGAGAAGUGUUUGUGAAGGCUGUGGUGAAUCAAGCAGUUACUCUGAUAAAGGCAGAAUAAUAUUAGGUCCCUCACAGUCCCCUUUGUUGUAGUGAUUAGUUAAACAAAAAGCUUAAGCAAUGAAAACAACAAUUUAGCAAACUGUGAGAAGUGGACAUUAAUCUUGUAGCUAGGAUUCAGUUAGCAAUAGUUAAGUUACAGCAAAUCCAUAUCACUACUAAAGUGUUUAAGCUAAAGAGUGAAGGUUUGAUACCAGCAUUGACUGACACUUUGAGUCAAUUUAAAUCAGUUUUUCUGUGGUCUUUAAAUCAAAUGUGUUAUUCUGUAACUUCUUAACUAUCAGAAAUAAAAAAAGGACCAAAGUCUGGGAUGGGUAUGUCUUCCUUUCAGCAGUUUUUCAACGUUGAUACCAUUGUGAAUAAACUGUUCACCCCUGCAAAGCUGUAAAUCUUCAAUAAAUGGCUCACAGAUCUUUGCUUCCAUUUGCAAAGGUUCCACUAUCUGACAAUCCAGCAGGGAAAUGUGGAAUUAAUUCAAUCAUAUAAGGACUUUUUUCAGGCUUUAAUGAAAAAUUUGUAUGCACACUUGACUUUAAAAUGACUAAUGCAGCUUCCUAUUUCACUCUUUCAGAAUAUUGGCACAGAUCAGGUUUUGUCUACAGGGGCAACAGCCUCGGAUAUUUAAAUUAGAAAUGCAUGUAUUCAUCGAUGAGUGUUUCAGAGGUUAUUACCCAACCAUGUUCUUCGUUUCCAACCCUUUCACUGCUGUUUUCUUGAUUCACACAACUGUGUCUUUGAUAAAUAAUAAUGUCUCUUUAUCCAACAGGCCAGUGACCUGGGCAGACUUUUUAAGGGAGAGUGCCAUUUACAUUUUGGCUGCGCGGCCCAAUAGUUCUGCCAUGCACGUCCGUCUGCCUCUAUAGUCCAGGAUCCUCCACUGCACCAAGCAGAGAGAAGGAGAGAGAGGGAGGAGUGUGUACGCUGUAGUUUACAGAUGAGUGGAGGAAGAUAGACGUGGUUACACAAUGACAUAGGGACGGCGACCGAGCGAGCCUGACGAAGCACCGAGAGACAGCAGAUCAAGCCAUCAACAGAAUCUCUCCUCCUCUGCGUUACCUUUAACCCACCGCACUGACAACACACACAUGCUGACUGACUUACACAACGCAAGUGACAGCAGCUGUCACAGGACCAAACUCCAAAAAUCUGAUGGCUUCCAUCAAACACGUAAGAGACGGGGACCGGGAAGACAACCACCUACUCAUGGAUAGUCAGUCAGAUCUGAAAGUUGUGAGUUAAAAAAAAACCAUGCACACAAUCUGACAGGCUGUUAAGAUUCUCACACUCCACACUAAACAACACGUCCUGCACUCUACGGCCCUGCAGCUUAAAACAUACUUCUCCAUGUUGGUGUAUUAGCGCGACAGGCUGUUACUCUUACAAGUAUACAUUCCUAUGGGUGUCAUCAUGUUUUAAUAAUAGUUACCUGCUACUGUUACGAGGUUGUGUUUUCUGCCAUCAGAAUUGAUACUGACACUACACAAGGGUUCAUGCAAGCUCAUUAUUUGUACUGUUAAGCAAGUGGAUUUUGACGUGGGAUGAACCCUGCCGCUGCCAUUAUCAGAACAUAUACCAUCAGGAAUGAAAGCUAUCCGCAUACAUUAUAUUAUGUGAGAGCUGCUGUUCAUUGCCGAAUAAAUUAUUAUUAUGCAUUAAAAAGCUGUAUUUAUUCUUGUAUCCUCUGAUAUAUCCUCUGUGUUCCCAUUCUCAUUCAAAAAUCUGUUCCUCUGAAGUACUAACUGUGAAAAAAGGAUGUGAAGUGAAUGUUAAUGAAAGCUAACCCAUUAAUUACUGUGUAUAUACUGCCAUAUAGUACAUUUUGUCCCUGUUGUGCACAGAGCUGCAAAUUGACAAGGUGGAAGCAUCUGCCCUCUUGUUCUGGUGUCAUUAUUUGCACUGAGGGAAUGAGCUAAGGGUGGACGACCGUGUGACACAAUCACUGCAACCAGAAAAUGAGAAACGAUGGAAGAUGUGGUGCAAACGUUUGUUCUUAAAUGCGCUGAGAUGUGGUGGGGAUCCUACAAUGUUACAGUUUAUACAGCAACUGAAAUGCACAUGACACUGCUCAUAGACUCACCGGAAACAUACUGUAACAAGUAGAACUUCAUGUAGUGUUGAUGCUAUGUAGUGAAAGUUCUGCCAGAUUGUGAAUCAAGUAUGUUUAUGACAUGAUUGGUGAUGGUCUGACAGAUAUGUCAGGGUUCUGAAAUAAAUGCAUGGCAUUAACUCGUCUUCGAGAGAAUCCUG